AUGGAGGAGGCUGCACAGGACUCGGGGUAAGAUUCUCAAAUAGCUUUCAUAGUAACUAAGUGUUAAGUGUUGCUGGGCUCAUAGAAAGCAAAUUCAACUAUAAACGUUACCCUGACUGGGAGGGGUCCAUCGAAUUGUGCACAGAGAGAUUCAUGUGAAUGCUUUUUGUUUAAAUCUACAUUUAUUUAUAUAUAUAUAUAUAUAUAUAUAUAUAUAAUAUUUAUUUGCAUUUGCAGACCGGUUUUUCACUGGUAUUUUUUUAGUCUAAGACAGUGUAUGAAAAGAGAGGCAGAGAGAAUCCCCCAGGCUUGUCUGAUCUUUAAUUGAUCAGCUGUUUAAUUAUCCCGUGCCUGUCACUUUUAACCCCUGCCUAAUGCUAAAACAUUCAGCAACUAUAACUGAGCACGUUUUAAGUUUGGUUUAACCAUAUAAAUUUAAAAAUUAAUAAUAAUAAUAAAGGUACUUAAGGGGUAAACCAGGAAUAGUGAAAAUGUGUCAAGGGAAUUGUACAUUUGCAGUUAAUACAGAUAAAUAGAAAUAACUUUUUUUAUUUUCAUCUUAGAAUGUGUCUUUCAAAAGUAUUGACAGUAUUUUGUGUAAAACAUCAAACUGUUAAAUUGCUGGUCUUUUACUGUACUGUUACUUUUAGAAAGCAAGAUUAUAAAUAUAUAUAAUACACAAGAUCAAGAUUAUUUGGCCACCAGCAGCACCCCCAUUUAUGCAUGUUAAGGUGAGUGCAGCCAACCCCCUCUUGCUUUAUUUAUAUAUAUAUAUAUAUAUAUAUAUUGCAAUUUUUAUAACACGCCAGCAUAUGACUUAUGGUUCUAUAAUGUGCAUUUCCUCAAAACCACACAAUUCUCAGUUCUUCAUUAUUCCAAUAAUGGGUAAAAGAUAUAGUGAGGAAAUAUUUGUCAAAAUAGUGGAUGGCUGAAUGUUAAAACGUAUGCAUGUUGCUAAAAAAAAUAGUUUUACGCAUUUUAAUGGCUCAUCUCUAAAAGGUUUGGUGCGUUUAAACAUUUUCAGUUAUUAUUUUGUCUUUUACUAAUAGUUUUAUUUGUUUUGACACUUUUUUUUUUGGUUCUCUUAAUGGAGAUGUAUAAAACUACUACUUGUGUUUAUUGAUUUGUUUUUAUAGGUAAAGGUAAACAAUGGCCUUUAUAAUGUAGUUUUUGCUAUGUUUUAUUUACUUGCUGUACAGUAUUGCAGUAUAUGUUUUAGUUUUUAAAAUGUAAUCUGAAUUGUCUGCCUGUGCCUCGGGCAGUGAAAGGGCUACUGUCUGGCUGUCUGAGUGGAUGGAAACAUUUUUGUGUUGUGAUAAAGUGAAUAAUCUUUCCUUGGAAUAUUAUGUGUCCUGUUUCUCGUAUUAGUAUUAUUAGAGUGUGUGUGUCUGUAUGUGUAUAUGUUAAUUCUGUGAAGCUUGCCUCUUUAAGAAAUCCCUUUUAGUCAACUUUGGGGUGAUUGGUUGGGGGGUGGGGGUUUGAAGAAAGAUGAUUUUUUUUUUUUUUUAAAUAGCUUUACGAAUGGUUGAGAACAAAGGCUUACUGUAACACCAGGCUUAACCCAACGUACACAGAAAAAAUUCUCUGCACUGCACUGAGAGAGUUUACGAAACCGAGCUGUAUGGUCUAUGCCAGCAUGUGCUGUAUUACAGGGGUGGGGGGUUAGUGAAUAAACUCCUUAAAAUAAGCAAAAUCUCCACAUGUGAGUCUAUUAAUCACUGCAAGUUACGUUCAUUUGUGUAUAUAUUCUUGUCAUUAAAAACAACUAGUAAAUGUUGUCAAGCUGUCAUUCAUGAAAGUCUUGCCAUUACUACUCAUCAAGAAUUUUAGCCUGUUGUCUGGACAAUAUACUCGUGGCCUAAAUAUUGCCCCCCUGAGGAUGCACUUAAAUAUAAGAAGGUGCCAGUGGACUCCGAGCAUCUUAAUCACCUCAUUGAUGUCAAGUGGAUUUGAAUUGCUACCCGGAAUAGUCCUUUUAAUCUGAGUGUGCAAAUUGAUGGGAAGUUUUGGAAAUCUGAGCAUGCCUUGGCUGACAGAGCUUGAAGUUGUAGUUUAGAGCUAGGUUGUUCAAUAGGUAGACCCUCAGAUGUACAACUAAAACUACCACAAUGCCUUGCCAUUCUAAAGGACAUCAAGCAUCAUGGGCGUAAGAGUUCUAAAUAUCUGGGGAUCGACUUUUUGGGCACCCCUGGUUAAGACUUUAGUGCAGGUUAGGGGUGAUCAGUGUAGACCUGUAUUGCCUUGUCUUCUGCUCAAACAUAGGUACUUGGAUAAGGAGGCCUGCAAGUCCAACUAGAUGCAGGAUAUGAGUUGUGGUCACCAACCAGACUAAAUGUCACUCAUCCGCCUCGAGAGGAUGUCACUUCACAAGCAAUCAUUUCAAUCAAAAUCCUAUGAUUAGUAAUUUAGCUUGUAAUAGAAAGGUUGUUAUCUUAAUUAUGAAUUUGGUGAAUUAGAACUGAUCAACCAAACUGAGGUUAAAAUAGCUGAUUUACAAAAAGUUUUAAACACCACUAUAAUCACAGCUGGACUCUUGUAGCUCACAUUUAGCUGUUUUAUUUGUUUAAACGUCAAGUUUAGUGAACCGUGCCAAAGUAUAUCCACUUAAUUUAAGUUGUUGAGAAUUCAAAGUGAAGUUCAAAUUCUAGGCUUGGAUUUUAGAUCUGGAAAAAUUUUUCCAUUUUGGUUAUUGUAAACUAAAAUUUGAAAUUUAGUUUAAAGGGACACUAGUGACCAGAACCAGUACAGCUUAACGUGUUGGUUCAGGGGCGCAUAGCAUGUAAAUUCUGCCUUUUCUGAGUUGGUGCAUUUGUCAUGCUGCCCCCUUAAAUCACACUAUAGACACCCAGACCACUUCAUCUCAAUUAUUAUGAUUUUGUUUAUAUAGCGCCAGCAAACUAUGUAGUGCUGUACUCAAUGAAGUGGUCUGGGUACCGUGUCCCUGUAGUUUUAACCCUGUAGCUGAAAACCUAGCCGAAGGGAAGUAAUACUUACACUUCAAACCAGUGGCGACUGGUGAAGUUUUAGGUAGGGAUCGACCGAUACUGAUUUUUUUAGAGCCGAUACCGAUAGCUGAUAACUUACCGAUAUUCUGUACAUUUACCAUUUUGAAAAAAAAACCUAUUUCUAAAGGAAAAUUCACAAAAUAUACAUGCCACAUGUAGUGGAUGCAGUGUGUAUUUGUGUAGUGUGUGUGUAUAUAAUGAAUGCAGUGUGUGUGUAUAUAAUGAAUGCAGUGUGUGUAUGUUUGUGUAGUGUGUAUAUAGCGCAGUGUGUGUAUAUAAUGAAUGCAGAGUGUGUGUGUUUGUGUAGUGUGUGUGUGUAUAUAAUGCAGUGCGUUUGUGUAGUGUGUGUAUACAAUGUAGUGUGUGUGUUUCUGUAGGUAUGUAAUUUUGGGGCGGGGGCAUUUUUUAUAUACAUUUAAAAAAAAAAAAUGUUUAAUUACUAUUUUUUUUUUUUUAGUCCUUCCUCCCUGCUUCUGACUUGGCCAGGGAGGGGGGAUAUAGCAUUCCCUGGUGGUCCAGUGGCAUGGACUGUGCAGUGGGGGCCUGCAGCAAGCGCUUACUUACCUUCCCAGCAGCUCCCUGUGUAAAUCUCGCGGCCAGCGUGCCGUGCGGAGCGUUGCCAUGGUAACCCGUGGCAAUGCUCUGACGGCCGAAGGACUCGCGAGAUUUACACAGGGAGCUGCUGGGAAGGUAAGUAAGUGCUUGCUGUGGGACCCCCCCCCAGGACCGCCGGGCUUGUAAUGGGCAUGUAUUAUCGGCAAUAUCUGUAUCUCUAUUGGCCGAUACCGAUAUUGCCGAAAAUCCUGAAUAUCGGCUGAUAAUUGGUCGGUCCCUAGUUUUAGGAUUGUGGGGUGCCAGACGACUCCUCCAGAAUUUUACUCCUUCCUAUACGGUACAUAGAUACUCGUAUAAUACAGAGUCCUGAGCAUAACGCAGAGAUGCUCAUACAAUAAAACUACUGGACACAGCAUAAACAUAUUCAUAAAAUACAUAGACCGGAGAACAAUACAGCUAUAUCCAUACCACAAAAUAGAAAUAUAAUACACCGAGCUGGGCACAAUAUAAAGAAAUAACACACAGCUAGGGACAAAAGGGGGAUACUAAUAACUAUCCCACAUAGCCAGGGUCACUGUGAUAGAUUAUACAUAGAUAACCACAUAGUACAUGUUUCCGUAUCAUGCUGCAGCUCUCUCUCUCUCUCUCUUCCUCUCUGAGCUCCCCUCUUAUGAUCUCAUCUUUGUUUGCUCUAAUAACUUUAGCCUUCUAUUAAAUAUUGAUGAUGAAACAUAUCAGCUACUCCAUUAGCUCUCAGCACACCGUGUACACAGGGUUAAGGGAAAGCAUUGGCUUGGCUGAAAUCUUUAAGAUUGAUCAUCUUGGCUAUGGAGUCAGGGACAGCCUCAGCGACACCGUCACAGCGUGAGGAGAGAGGUAAGUAAAGUCAACUUUUCCGUACGAUCGGAGGGGAGGUGGUCACAUAAACAGAUACUGAGAGACGGACACACUUACUGAAAGACUUACACUCGCUGAUUUGCCAUACGCAUACGCACUGACAGAUACACACACACACACACACACACACACACACAUUUUCUCACACACUCACAAAUUAUUUUUUUAUUUCAAUUUAAGUCCACCCAGUCUUCCUACAUUAGGGAGAGAGAGAGUGAAUUCUUUCCCUGGGCGAGGAGCUCUACAUGCUCUGCUUCCUAGAGCGUUGUUUAAUGAUGCUGGGGCUGGAGGGACGUCAUAUUCCGGCUCCCAGCAUUACUGCAGGACGCGCGAGGGAGCAGAGCAAGAACAGGGAGAUAUUAGCUCCCUCCCUAGCAACCCGCAUUCACCCUCAGCAGGCUGCCACCAUGCUCCCUUGCUGGGCCUCUCACCCACAUUCACCCUCAGCGGGCCACAUCCAUUCACCCUCAAGGAUUGAACAGGUUGACAAAUUCCAGGCGCCAGGAAAAAAUUCCUAGUUGCUAUGAUGACCUGGCGCCUGAGAUUUGUCAAGCCCUGGUUCAGGUGACUAUCAGCCUGAAACAGACACCUAUUUUUAAUGAAUCUGUAGUAAGUGCAUUUGCAAAGUAUUCCAAGAAAUUUAAUUAAAGUUACUCUCCUUUAUUUUCCCAGUACUUCCUGGGUUUCCAUCUUUUGCAGUGCGCUCUUUCCAGACCUAAUGGCUCUACCAAUAAAGAAGCUAUCCCUUUAUUUUUUUUAGUGGCCUACAAACCUAUCCCAUAAACUUGUGUUCCGCGGAUUAUGUAUAACUUUUUGCAGCAAUGCCAUUCAUUACACUUAUGCAUAAAGGAGCAGCCUAGAUACCACAACAAAUACAUCUUAUGUUUAUUGUUACCAUAACCACUACAUGCCAAUAUACCACUAGACUGUGAACGCUGUCCCCUAGCUGCUAGUUAAUAUAAUAAUAAUAUGUUAAACCAUUUGUGAUCGAAUUGAUCAAACUCAAAGGAACCUUCAGCAUUGCUAUUGUGAAACUUCAGUCUCUACAUUUGCAAUUUCAAUUAGAUCCAUAUUUGAAUGCCAUUCAAAGGCUAAGUUGGUCAGCUGAUGUGCAUAUCCAGUUAAUGUUAUUAAAAAAUAUGCAUGAAAUAAGGAAUAAAUGGCCUGUCCGUGUUAUAUCAGUUUCUUCAAUAUCUGUUCGAUUCUAAUAUAGGAGUUUUAAUAUAACCGGAGCCACCUUCAAAGGUGGCUUUGUGUUCCACUGAGGAACGCAUCCUCAGAUAUGAAUACUAUAAAUACAAUUUGAAAAUGUACACAAAGAAAAAUAACUUAGAGGAAAUAUUUGCUAUUUCAUGUUCAAAUCCCCAUUUUUUUUAAACUCUAAGUUUUAAAUCGGAUUUGAAGCUAGAGUUCCAUUUUACAAAGAAACAAGUCCUGCGCUCAAACUCCCAUUACUCCUGGGCGGCAGCAACAACCAUAGUAGACACCAGCCCAAAUGCUUAUAGUAAAAACCAAAGAAAAAAGUCACCUGCGCCUUUUCCACAUCCCUAUGUAUUUUUAAACAAAUGGAGGUUUUUAGUUACCUCCAAUGGCCAUGAGAGGUUAUGCCCACCUGCCACGUCAAGGCAGACCUCUUAGGUGGGUCCUAACUCUAACCAUUCGCCGUGUUUCCUUGAACUUCUGGCAAAAAUAUCUCUAAUGAGACAGAAAGGGGUAUUUUUUAUAUACAUCCCAUUUUAGAACUCAGAAAACAAAUUUGUAUUCAAUAGAUUUUUUUUUAAAAUUUUUUUUUUUAAUAGCCUAGUGUCUGAUUUCAGAUGUUCGAUCAGCUCAAUUCAUGAACAAAUCGCCUGAAAAUUCACACAACGGCUAGCAAAAUGCUUGGUUUUACGACGCGGAGGACAUUAUGAUUGGGCCUACCACUACAUACAGUGCUGAGUAUUUGCACUGCACAGUUUUUGCUUGCCCCCUCACUCUUGCACUACUGUGCCAUCAAACAUCCAAACACACACCUCCUGUUACUUGAAUCAGCAGAAAUAUUAUGUGAGGCCGCAGCCCAGGGAAAACUAGGCAAGUGGCCAAUGGAGUCCUCAUUGCCAGCUCUACCUUGAACUGUGCUGUGUCUUGUGAUGUGCAGCCACAGUCUAGGCACGUUUAUAGACAGGUUAGCGGGAGACCUAAUGAUCGACACCUACCAUACAGAGGAGGAAAUUAUAUAGCCACAUAUUUACGCUUUCAAAGCAGUUCCCACAGUAGUCUGGUCACAGAAACUAAAGGUUUGCAUCUUGCCUGGUAAUGUGUACUGUAUACAGCAAACAGGUAAAGCUAGAGAAUUGGUGAGCGAAUAUAUAUUGUGUGUAGGAGAAACUUUGUCCUGAAAGACAAUGUAGAUAUUAAUAGGAAUUUGGUGCGUGCUUUGCCCCAAUUACUGUUGGGAAAUUUAACUUGAAUUUUGUAUAUCUCAUUGUCUAUAUUGUCCUGUUUAUUAGAGCUUGAAUAGUCCUAAGUCCUAAUAGUAAAACUGCAUGUAUGAAAGUGCAAACAUAAAUAUUUCAUGGCAGGUUAAAGGAACACUCAAGCACCAUAACCACUGCAGCAUCUGGAGUGGUUAUGGUGACAGGAGUACACUCGCGCCCAACUAGUUAAAGUAGUCAAACCAUUUAACAAGGGUUUUCUGGUUGCUGCAUCCCCUGGGUACUGAUAGCUCCUGCAAGGCACGUUAGUUAGCUACCCUGAUUUUAGCCCAGCCAUGCACGGUUUGCUCAUUGGCUGAGAGCAUCAACUAAGUGCUUACGGUUUUUUAUUGCAUCCCUGAACCAUUGAGCUUGGCUCAGUUCAGGGAGCUCCUGGGCUGCAGAGGAGGUGGCACACAACAGACGUAGAAACUAGUAAGUUGUCAAACCAUUCUUAAACGGAUUGACUACUUACACUGGGAAGAUGCCAGGGUACUCCUGGCUCCAUAACUACUACAGCUGGCUUUAUUUGUUUAAAAUAAAAGGGAGGAUUUGCUAAUAUUAAUAUUAAAUGGACACUCCAGACCCUAAAGCACUUGCUGGAGUGUGUCCAUCUUUUUCAUUUUAUUUAUUUUUUAAAAAGUGCAAAUUUUAAUAGAAAUUAGCACAGUUAUGAACUAACCUGGUUAUACCCCUCUGACUGUUAAGCAGAUUAACAAGUUCGCAUUGAGCUCAAUUGGAAAGUCGAGGCUGGGAAAUAAGGGAGGGCAUGCUAAGGCUUCGGACGAGAUCCUCCGCUGUUUUUAAUGUAUACCCACAAUGAAAUUUUUUUUAAAAGCAUCAUUAAAUGUUUUCAUUGGGGUAUAGCUGCUAAAGUGAUUUUUCCUAUUUUUAUUAAUUCUGCAGUGGAGUGAUUUUGAUUUGUCCAGCUCCGUGCUAUACUAUUAAAGUAUUUGAAAAACUAAAAAGAUUAGCUGUAGAAAAGUGUACUUGACAUUAUAAUUUACAUUUUUUUUUUUUUUACUCCCUUCCCCCUCACCUGCACCCCACCUUCUUCCCUAUUCCAAGUAUAUCUUUCUGUCCACCUAUCACUCUCUUAAAUCACUGCUCGCGAACUCACUUUACACUUAGGCGCAAUAAGAAUUUUAUUUCCUGUCAGAAAUUUGCCUAUGCCAUUUGUACCUACCAUAUCGGACCUCUGUCAAAUUAUUAAUACCUUUUCAUUAUGGAUUUGUUUAUCUACAGUGGCGCUAAAUAUUAAAUUGGAAUAUGGAUAUUGAUAUUGUCUGUAAUGUGUUGCUAUUCACAUUUUCAAUAAAUAUCAAAGAUUGCAGCAUUAAAAGCAACAACAAAAAACGUAUGUCUAUGACAAGGUAUUUAACAUUAAAACCACUGUUAGGUGAAGUGAAUAACAUUGAUUACAUCGUUACAAUGCCAUCUGUCAAGGGGUGGGAUAUAUUGGGCAGCCAGUGAACAAUCAGUUGUUGAAUUUCAUGUGUUGGAAGCAGGAAAAAUGGGUUGUGACUUAGAAAAAGGCCAAAUAGUGAUGGCUAGAUGACUGGGUCACCGCAGCUCUAAAACGGCAAGUCUUGUGGGGUAUUCCUGGUAUGCUGUGGUUAGUACCUAUCAAAGUAGUGCAAGGAAGGACAACCGGUAAACAGGCGCCAAAAACGGGAUGCUAGCGAAGUCUUGCUCAUCUGAUCCGAUCACACAGAAGAGCUACUGUAAUUCAAAUUGCUGAAAAAACUCAUGCUCGCAAUGAUAGAAAGGUGUCAGAACAGUGCAAUAUAUUACGUAUGGGGCUCUGCAGCUGCAGACAAGACAGAGUGCCCAUGAUGACCCCUGUCCACCACGGAAAACGCCUUUCGUGUGUACAUGAGUGUCUGAACUUGACCAUGAUGGGAAAAGAUGGCAGCGGAUGCACUAUGGGAAAAAGGCAGCCUGGCGGAUGCAGUGUUAUGCUUUGGACAACAUUCUGCUGGGAAACCUUGGGGCCUGACAUUCAUGUGGAUGUUAUUUUGACAUGCACCAACUCCCUAGACAUUGUUGUAGACCACUUACAGCCCUUCAUGGCAUUGGUAUUCUCUGAUGGCAGUUGCCUCUUUAAGCAGGAUAAUGCACCUUGCCUCACUGCAAAUAUUAUUCAGGAAGUGUUUGAGGAACAUUACAAAGCAUUCAACUUGUUACCUUGACCUCCAAAUUCCAAUCCCAAUACUAAUGAGCAUCUGUGGGAUGUGUUGGAACAACAAAUCUGGUCCAUGGGGGCGCAACCUCGCAGCUUGCAGGAUUUAAAGGAUCUGCUGUUAAUGUUUUGGUGUCAGAUACCACAGGACACGUUCAGAUGUCUUGUGGAGUCCAUGCCUUAACGCAACAGAGCUGUUUGGGCAGGAAAAGGAGGACUUACACAAUAUGAGUUAAGUGGUUUUAAUGUUGUGGCUGAUCAGUAUGUGUAUGUGUAGGCAGUCUCUCUCAUGCCUCUCUGUAGUUUUGUAUGCUAUAAUCUGUAUCCUAUAUAAAUUCAUAAGGCAAACCAUAUAUAUUGUAGGAGGUUUAUGUCUCUGUGCUCUUAUAUCAAGGAACACGCUCUAUGCAGCAUAACUGCUGUAGUAAUAAUGGUGCCGAUGGUAAAUUGUCAAACCACGUACACCCUGCAGUUCCUAUUUCAUGAAACACGCCAAGCAAAAUAACCAUUUCAGCCUCUUAUAAUGGUUACAGUGCCAGUAGUGCUCUUGGGACCCCCUGGUUAUUCCAUUUAUAACUUGUGCAAGUUGUUUUAUUUUUAAUAAUCUCAUAGGAAGUUAUGUUGAAUUAUACAAUAAAUCUUUGUGAGAACUGUAAUAAGCGUCCGAUCUCCCAGCAUGGAGCUUGCUAAUUCUGUUGCAGAGUCCUUUUGGUGCCCCCAGACCUCUGGGGGUUAUCCCGGUCCUCACUGGAUCCAGGGCGGAUUAACAUAGGGGCUAAUGAAGCUGUAGUCCAUUGAGUAUAUGUAUGUGUAUAUAUGUGUGUGUGUGUAUAUAUAUAUAUAUAUAUAUAUAUAUAUAUAUAUAUAUAUAUAUAUAUAUAUAUAUAUAUAUAUAUAUAUAUAUAUAUAUAUAUAUAAAAAAUUAUUAUUAUUUUUUACUGCUCUUCGCAUGCUCUUGCUUAAGUAUGUAAACUUAAGAAGGAUGCAGGGUAACUAAACUGCUGUGGACUGUCUGACAAUGAAAUUAGUUAAGGUAAAGCUGACUUUGCGCACAAUGCAAAUGUUCUUGCUGUUUCAGUCUCUCUAACACUGUGGUAUGUUCUCUUUCUUCUACACUCACUACAUACACCUUUUCUCUGUCACAGACUGUAUAAUAGGAGUUUCUGCCUGCUAGUAAGAAGGUUAGGAUAGGAGUGGAACAGAGAGUGCUAGUGGACAGUUCUUAGAAAGCAUAUAGCUAGCGAAUCAUUAGAUGCACAGUAUGCUGUGUUGGUUGGUCAUCCUGCAUAAUAUAGCUAUCAGGAAACAUGCAUUCACACCAGUCUAAUAAAAUAUAAAUACAGAUAGAUUAAAAAUUCCUGGAACGUGGUGCUACAAUCACCUCCGUGGGCCACAAACCACAAAUACAAUGAGUGAAAAAUAAAAGGAAACAAAAAUGGUGAGAGCUGUCACCAUUUUUGUUUGCUUUUAUUAUUCACACCAGUCUGACAAUCUCAUUCUUUGUGCAGACAUACCCUCUUUUUGGGCAUGUUUGUCCCUUUGGGUGCUUCUGGUUAUGUGACUCACAUCAGUGGCCCUUUUACGCAACCCACUGAAAUCCUGCUUCACCAUACACUGCUGUAAGGGGGUAUGGAUUUACUUGAAAGAUUAAAGUGAGAGAUUAGCAUAGGGUAUGUGUUUUCUUAUAGCUAUAUCCUGUGAGUUUCCCUUCUACACUACCUUCACUAAAUUCAACCAGAUAGAUGCUUUGUUUUUUUUUAGUGUUUUCUGUCCUUCAGAUUCUGUAAUUAGGCCCAUCAUAAUUGUCAGCACCAGGCCCAAUGGGCUCCUAAUCCAGCCCUGUCUGAAGCAGCGGGCGGGCCCUGGAAGCUGGGCCCUAUGCAAGCUAAACGUGAGCGUAGUACCUGCCUACCCAAUUGCUGAUCCAGCGAUGGAGGUCAAGCAGCAGCAGCAAUGGAAAUCCGCCUUUGAUGCCACACGUGAUCUACUAUGGAGAAACAACAACCAUCAUAGCCUGCAGUACAGCUCGCUGAGAUGGCGCGCUCCCCUCCUGGGUUGGAGACCAACGGGAGGAUCAUCCCUACAUAUGGUCCGUACUCCUGGAGAAAUCAGAGACGGUCUGGGGAUUGCACCCUGAGAACUGGGUGUGGCGGGCUCUCGGACACUUUGUGUGGUUUCUGGUACAGACCUGGGGCUGCGAAUGCGGGUCUGGGGGAUGCACAUCUGUCCAUAGGUAAGUUUUUAGUCUUCUCUGUCGAAUUUGGGCAUAGGUAAACUUCACUCUUCGAAGUUUACAUUUUAUCUCACCUUGUACAAUUGCUCCAUCAAGAGUUCUUGAGCUAAACUUUUUGCCUUUUCUGUCUGUCCUCAUGCAUUGCGGGGUGUGCCUGAUGGCCACUGGUUAUAUUCACUUGUAUUUUUUUUAUUUUUUUUUAUCAUUUAGCGUGUUUAUUAUUUCAAAAUGUGCAGUUAUAUCCUGUCUCUUGAAAUGCUUAUAUUUGCUGUUGUGGCAUAGCAAGAUUGUCAAAUCUUUGCACAACAGAAAUAAAGAAUUGGGAGAAAAAAAAAAAAAAUGUGCUCAGAUACUAGUCUUCUCUCGUUCCAAUAAAUAUGACAACAGCAUGAGCCCCCUUAGAUCUAUGGGAAUAAAGGAAAAACGGCAAUUCAGUCGUAUCUGAAUUGGAGGAAAAAAAAUGUUUUUUUUUGUUUUUAGUCUCUCUGAAUGUAUCUAUCUUGUGAGAAAGGAAAACACCCAAUCCAAUACAAGAUUCAAACAGUCGAGGGGGACGCCAGGUUGUGGAAAAGGGUACACUAAAUCCUGGCUUACACCAUCUAUGUGGGAGCAUACAAAACAGUGGUAUUGGAUAAUUAAAAAAAUCAUUCUGCAAUAUAGUAUCAUGGGCACUAUCCUACCACCCAGUGAAAGGAUUUCCCCGUGCUAUCACCAAAUAUACCCAAAACCUAACCCCUAGUUAUAGAACUAUAUAUAGUGGCUUGCAUGCUACAAAACAAUAAAAAUAAAUGUUGAUGCGUGUUGUAUUGAUUUUUUUUUUCUUGAUAAGCCUUCCAUUGUUUUGUAAAGACAAUCCAGCUACUAAGAGCCUAAUUUCAAACACCCUAAUUUAAAACUCCUGCAGAGUUUACCUAGAAGGACAUGCGGUUCUCUUUCGAAUAAACAUUCAAGUUUUCCUCACUUUGUGAGUCCCAGUAUAAAUAUUUGGAGGAGCUCCAGACAGCAGUUUCUCAGCGCUGCCUGGAACAAGCCUUAAAUGCAGUGUUACUGUGAUAAGUGUGGAAUCUGCUGCACUCUUGAGAAAUGCGCACGAUUGCAUUCCUGAUCACUAAAUCACAGCCGCACCUCAUUCACACCUACAACUCCAGCCCUUAUACCCGACUUCAGUGUUAUUUAGCUUUACUUGUGCUUGGCACCGUCCUACUGGGAAAUUCAAGAUAUUAAGAGGCAGUAUCAGUGGCUGCUAGUGUGUUUGGCAAAAUGUGAACAUUGCCGUUUCCUAGAAAUGGCAAUGUUUUACAUUGCCAGACCAAAGAAGAAACUGUGCACAAAAACCACUACGUUAGGUUGUAAAGGUUUUUGGUGCGUAGUAUCUCUUUAAAUUCUGUCCAUAACUUGUGCGAUUAGAAUUCCUGGGAAGGUGACAGAUCUUUCAAAUAUCAAAAUGUCAUUUUCCUCUCACCUGUCAAUCAAUCCUCGAAAUACGUGUGUGACACCCACAAAUUGACAUCCUAGCGUCCAUAAUGGGGCUGCAGGUUGGGUAAUCCAUGAUCAUUUAAGAACAUUUACAUAAAAAAAAUAAAAAAAUAAAAAUCUGUUGGUAAUAUUUAAAAAGGAUGUAGAUAUAGAAAGUGAACUUUGUGUGGAGGAUACACUUUAUAUAAUAUGUAUAUUAGGUGGAAGAAACCAUUGUAAUUAGAUGUGUUGGUGGGGGGGGCGGACUUUUAUUAAUGUCUUUUUAAAUGUGUUGCUAUAGUAUCAUGAUGAGAAAUCUUACACACACACACACCACACCACACCCCACCCCACCCCACCCCACCCCACCCCCCCUCUGAUAAGCCGAGGAGAGGUGGUACAUCUUCCAAUUAGACCGUGUGAUGGUAAAUAGACUCUUCAAUUAUCAUGCACUGAUCUAAAUAUUAUUUAAUUAUGUCGGCUUGUCAUAUCUGAUUUAUUUUCUAUACAAACCUGAAGAACAGGAAUUGGGGAGCACCUAUAAAUACAGGCGUAAUUCCUUGAGUGUGAUUUGCUUAGUGCUGAUGCUCUCACGCAGAGGACAAUUCCAUUGGGUCCCCAGAUGUCCCACACCAGGAGAAAAAAAAACCUGGAAUAGUGGAUCCGCUCCCUAAAAGUGGUAUUGAGAUUGCAACCAUUUUUUUGAUCUCUAUUGAAGUUGUGGAUUGACAGCAAAUAUUAGCUUUUUAAAUAUGCAAAUAUAUGCGCAUGGUGAGAGUGAAGAUGCUAAGUGUUGGUCUUGCCAGGAUUGCAGGACUACUCCCGGAAGACACUCCAGUGACUAUAUGAAGGACUGCCACCAGAAAAGCUCUUUGCAAGCAAUGUAAACACCGCCUUUUCACAGAAAAGGUUGUUUUUAUUGUUGAGAAAGCAGGGACUGUCUGUUUACACCAGAACCACUACAAAGAGCAAUAGUCGGUCUUGCGUUUUUAGGGUGUCCCUUUAAGCACUUAUUUAUUUUAAUACAUACCCUGUAAUCAAUUUAAAAAGCAUGGUAUGUCCAAUUGGGAGUAGUUUUUUUGUUUUUUUUUCUAAUAUACAUUUACCCCUAUAGUUGUGGCAUUUAUUUCCUAGAAAGAUUUUUAAAAAGUGCUGGUGCGCAGAUUUCAUUUUUUUCUUUUUUUUUUUUCUUUGUAUGAAAUUUUGUAACCUAAUUACCAGGGUUUUAUGUUGGUUGCUGCAAUUCUAUUAAGAACUGCAUGACCUAUUGAGUUAUAAGUGCCAUCUUAUUGAGAUAUAGAUAUAUAUAUAUAUAUAUAUUGCAUUUAUUUCCUAGAGUAAAUCUACUUUCACUCUUGCAGCACGUAUGUUGAACAUUGCAGCCUUUCAGCUUACUAACACUGUUGAUAAGUAUAUCAUGCUACGUAUGCAGGUUUCCUGGGUCAGUAACUUCCGCAGUACAGAUGGCAGUGUGUGUGACGGCUAUUCUAGAGAUAGCAGAGGCUUUCCUGUAUGUGGAGAAGAUGAUUAACUUACUCUUGAGAGUUGUUAAAAACCUCUGCAACAAUGUCAAAAAGUUUAAUUAUGGACCGAGACUCCCAUUAAAAAAAAAAAAUGGUGCAGAUCUAGGGGGAGAGUCUCCUUUACAAACAGUUUUGGCAACAAAACUAUAAUUUCAUGGCUACUUAAAGGACCACUCUAGGCACCCAGACCACUUCAGCUUAAUGAAGUGGUCUGGGUGCCAGGUCCAGCUAGGAUUAACCCAUUUAACCCAUAGAGAAACUUCUAUGUUUAUAAAUGGGUUAAUCCAGCCCUCAAAUCCUCUAGUGGCUGUCUCAUUGACAGCCGCUAGAGGCGCUUGCGUGCUUCUCACUGUGAAAAUCACAGUGAGAACACACAAGUGUCCAUAGGAAAGCAUUGUAAAUGCUUUCCUAUGAGACCGGCUGAAUGCGCGCGCAGCUUUUGCCGUGCGUGCGCAUUCAGCCGAAAUUGAGGAGAGGAGGAUCGGAGGCGGAGAGCUCCCUGCCCGGCGCUGGAAAGAGGUAAGUUUUAACCCCUUUCCUCUCCCCAGAGCCGGGCGGGAGGGGGUCCCUGAGGGUGGGGGCACCCUCAGGGCACUAAAGUGCCAGGAAAACAAGUGUGUUUUCCUGGCACUAUAGUGGUCCUUUAAGUACAAGUUUGGGUAAACUAGACUUUUAACAGGUGUACUCAGCCCUGUGCAAUUAAAAGAAAGCUGUUGGGAAAAUGUUACUUGUUUUAAUGCGUUGUAUAGAUAAUGCAUUACAAGAAUAAUGCAAAUUUUUUUUAUAAUUUAUAAAGUGCUAAGUCAUUUUAAAGAUGCAUAUAUCAAUACCUUGCUGAGCAAUGUUUAGUGGGUAAACCUGCAGCUACAGGUAUAUACAGUCAGAUACUUGCAUGCUAUAAACCUCUGUCUAGAAGGGGUUUAUAGGAUAAGCAGUUAAAGGACCACUAUAGUGCCAGGAAAACAUACUCGUUUUCCUGGCACUAUAGUGCCCCCACCCUCAGGGACCCCCUCCCGCCUGGCUCUGGAAAGGGGAAAGUUGGAAUCUCUAUGAGGAAAGUUCAGUGUCUGCAUGCAGAGGGAGGAGAUACUGAAUGUUUGGAUGCAUUUUAGGCAGCCAUGACCCAGGAAGGGUCUCUAACAGCUAUCUGAGGAGUGGCCAGUGAAGUUAUCACUAGGAUGUAAUGUAAACACUGCAUUUACUCUGAAAAGACAGUGUUUACAGCAAAAAGCCUGAAGGUAAUGCUUCUACUCACCAGAACAAAUUCACUAAGUGAAUUCACUGGUGACUAUAGUGUCCCUUUUAAUGUAGAGAAAUGCAAAGUUAUGCACUUCGGGGUUAAGAAUGCACAAGCAAUUUACACCCUAAAUGAUGGUGAACUAGGGGUAACAACACACGAGAAGGAUUUAGGAAUUGUUAUAGACAACAAAUUAAGCAGCAGUAUGCAAUGUCAAUCUGCAGUUGCUAAGGCCAGUAAGGUUUUGUCAUGUAUAAAUAGGGGCAUAAAUUCUCGGGAUGAAAAUAUAAUUUUGCCUCUUUAUAAAUCGCUGGUAAGACCACACCUUGAAUAUGUUGUGCAAUGUUGGGCACCUGUUCUAAAGAAGGAUAUCAUGGCACUAGAAAAAGUGCAAAGUUGAGAUACAAAAUUGAUAAAAGGAAUGGAGCAUUUUAGUUAUGAAGAAAGGUUAAAAAAAAUGUAAAUCUCUUUAGUUUGAAAAAAUGGCAUCUCAGAGGGGAUAUGAUAACAUUAUACAAAUAUAUUCGGGGCCAGUACAAACCAUUAUCUGGAAAUCUAAUCAUAAACAGGGCUAUAAAUAGGACACAAGGUCACGUAUCUAGUCUGGAAGAAAUUAGAUUUCAUCUAAGGCAAAGAAAAUGUUUUUUUACAGUAAGAGCAAUAAGGAUAUGGAAUUCUCUGCCUGAAGAGGUGGAUUUGUCAGAGUCUAUACAGAUGUUUAAACUGCAAUUGGAUAAAUACUUCCAAAAACAUAACAUACAGGGAUAUAAUUUCUAAAUAGUGGGGUAAUAGCUGCUUGAUCCAAGGCGAUAUCUGACUGCUAUUUUGGGAUAAAAAAGGAUUUUUAAAAAUGUUUUAAUUCUUUAUUUUUGUUGUGCAUGGAUAACAGUCCAGCUUUAGUCGCCACAACAGUGAUAAUACAGACAAUAUUAAACGUUCAGCAGUCUCAUCACAUAUUACUUCUUAGUGCGGGUACAUUGUUGAGGCAUGAACAAAGUGCACGUUUUGUGUUAAAAUCGAUUCAGACUCUCUGCUUAAAUUGCUAUGACUUAUUGAUCUGGGACAUGAGUCAUCAUAGUAUCUUAUGUCCAUGUUACUCUGCAUCUCGUUGGGGUCAUGCACUGGACAUGGUAUUCUUUAGUUAUGAUGUCCAGAGAGCGUAUAUUGGCGUACAUAGCCAUAACAUACUUAUCGCAUUUUGUGGUAUAAUUCGAGCACUUUGUAAAGAAGGAAUUUUUUCCUAGCUUGUUGCAAAAUUGGAAGUGCUUCAAACUCGGUUUUUUUUGCCUUCUUUUGGAUAAACUGCAAAAAACAAAUGUGAGGAAGGCUGAACUUGAUGGACGCAAGUCUCUUUUCAGCUAUGUAACUGUAAUAGGUUGGCUGGGAACUGAGCAGCCUGAUUGACCUUUCUGCAUUAUAGCCACAUUAUAUUGACUUGUGCAAAUCCCUGUGGUUGUAAGCUACUCCCAGAGCUGACAGUAGGGUCAGGGUGCCCUAUGCGCCACAUCCUUUAAAAUAUAUAUAUUUUUUUAGUUCAAUUUCAAGAUGCUACAUGCAUGCUGUUUUUUUUUUUUCUUCUGUGACACACUGGCCAAAAAGUAUUGCACUUUGGUUUGAUAUUAAAAAAUAGCAUUAUAUCACAUGAAGUAUAAUUUUGCCUCUUUGUAAAUGGUAAGACCCAAUCUUGAAUAUGUGCUGCAUCAGAUGGACACCAUAUUUAAAGAAGGAUAUUGUAUUAUUGGAAAUAGUGCAAAAAGUUAAUGAAUGGGAAAUACUAGAUUUUAGUUAUGAAUUUUCAAGAAAAAUAAACAAAAAUGUCCAGAGGGUCUUGAUAACAAUAUACAUGUUUAUUCAAUGCCAGUAAAAACAGCAAUUCGGUUACCUGUUCAUUAGCAGGAAUAUACUACAGAAAAGAGGUCAUCCACUGAGACUUGUAGAAUGGCGAUUUCAGCAGAGAGGAAGGUUUUUACAGUAAGAACAAUAAAGAUGUGAAAUUCUCUGUCCAAGGAGAUUGUUUUAUGAGAUUAUGUACAUUUUUACAAGAACAAAAAUUUGACAUUCUUUAUUUCUGUAGUACAUAGAAUAACAUACACAAAUAGUGAAAUAACUCAGCAAUUUUGUAAGUGUAACAGGAAAUAUCAAGAAUACUGCACUUUUAAACACAAUUCUAUUAAAUUAGACAAAGAGAGAAUGAGAGAAGUUGUAAAAUAGAAUUGUUAAACUCAAGAGAGAAAUAUCACUGGAGGAAUAGGUUUAACUGUUGCAGAAGAUCAAUUAUGCACAAUUAGGACUAAAAAAACGGAAACAUGUCAAACAUUUUGUGCAAUAAAAAGUCAAUAAAAUAGCCAUGCUGCAGGCAAGGAUAUUGGACCAAAGCCUAGAGAUGGAGAGUCCCAGCCUCCACCACCAUUAGCUGUUCCGAUGGUCUGGCACAGCUGGCGUUAUGAGUUGCAGGACUCCGGAUCGGGUAUGUUGUGCAGAGAUUGAGGGAGCUUGUUUUCCAGUAAUUGGUAAUUGAGUCAUUACGGGAAGGAAGGCCAGAGCAUUGAGGUUUGGACAUCGGCGGCGGCCUCUUGUGCAUAUUAUGACAUAGCGGCUCACAGGGGACUCUCAGGGAGUAUCAAUGCAUGCAACAUCAGCCAACAGCAAGGUUGCUGAUGGCCACGACUCGUCCCGCAGGAGUGAUGGUAAGUCCGCAAACAUUAAUCUUCUCUUAGAAGGCCUUACAGAUGCGGUCAAAAGCCAAGAGUAGCGGGUUUUCUUGUGUGUGACUGCAGGAAAGUGCCUGAGGCUGUAGGCCUAUCUUGAUUGUUAGGCCUCAACCCUCUAAUUUAUUGGUAAAUUGUAUAGCUAGCUGAAUGACCACAAUGCCAAAGAGCUUUGGGUCAAGGCUGAGUAUUGGCUUCCUCCACUGCCUUGAUCGUGACUGUAGACUGUGUCUGCCAACCGCUGGUAAAAUAGUUGUAGGACAGUCAGCAGGGUGACCCCAGGGCUAUAAGUAGGAUUUUGCUUAAACUAGAGCAAAAUAAGUGGUUUUCUCUAAGGAACUCCAACACCAUGCAACAGUCCGCAGUCAGCCCCCUUUUUUUUUUUUUUUUUUUUUUUUACAAUGGGGAACUUCUCAUAGAUCCAAGGAGAAAUCUGGGUGUCCACAUUUUUCCCCCUUUUGUGGCAUGAUUGGCCAAAUUGAACUUUUUCAACAUCUUUUCGGUCAACAGCAUUAGAUUUGUGAAAGGUUCAACAUGAUGGACUUUUCCUUUAUUUAACCUAGAUAACUGUGUAAAGAAGAUGGUGAGAUAACAAAUGUAAAACAUACAGCUGUACAUUUUGUAAAUCUUUAUAGGAGUCAUUCAAAGGACUAGCAUACCUAAUGGGGAAAAAAAUAUUAUUUUCCUAUAAAUAAACAAUAUCUGUAGCUUCUCGAUGGUAACUGCAAGGAACGGGAAGGACCUGUACUUCUACUUUUUUUGGAUCUAAAAACAGCUGUCACUCAGCAGUUUCUAUUGCCAAAGAAAACACCCCCCACUGUUUUAGGGUCCAUUCCUUGGAGUCCCCAAAGGCGGGAUACCAGGAAACAAAGAUAGAAUGAUGGGAGAGGACAAGAAAAUCAGGAAUGUCCCUCUAAAAUCGUAAAGAUUGGACUGAUACAAGAUAUUUGUAUAGAUAUAAGAGUUAUUCCUGCCUUUUUCGUAAGGUGGUUAGCUGAUGUAAAAUGUUAUUUCUGAAACCGGUAAGAAGUUUUGCUUUCAUUUAAAAAGGAUGCUAUUUUCUUUUCUUUUAUUGCUACCUAGUGUUUUAUUUAUUUAAAACUUCCAGACACACUAUUCCUGACAAUAUAGUUGUGUUUUUAGUAAGUGGCAAAAUGUUGUGAAUCCAAAACACAAAUGACUGAAUUUCAGUCAAAAUAGCAACGUUUAAGAAAUGGAUAAAUUAAAGAAUUUUUAAAAAUACUUUUAUUUUAUUUUUGCCUACAAUUUGCAGUUUUGUUUUAAGUUCACUAUAAUUCACUUAUUGCUAAAUACACCCGUAGCAUACUUCCCAACCAACCCGGUUUGAGCAGAACAACCCCAAUUUCUGGGUCUUGUUCCCUGGUGUUUUGCUUUUGGGAAAACCAGUGAAAUGUUCCCAGAAAGUGUAGCGUUACACUCAGAGCAAGUGGUGGAACUAAUGUAGACCGGGCCCUGGUGCAAGAAAUUUUCUUUGGGCCACUCCAGCACAAGGGUGCCCAAAAUUGAAAUCCCCAUCUGUCGAACUCUCACAAUGUUAUGUCAGCUGGGGAUUUACCAUUUGCCCAUCCUUGCAGAAUUGUAUUUGUGAUCAGUGUUUGCAUUUGAAUGUGUGAAGGUUUGUUCAUGUACGGGUAUAUUCGUGGCCGGACAGUAAGCAUACUCACAUGCAGACACAUACAGUCUCACUGAAACACUCAAGCUCAUUGAUACCCAGUGUGCAGCACCUACAUUCAGCGCCUCCACGUUCUGCAUGGAGGCGCUGAACUUUCCCCAUAGAGAUAUAUUGAUUCAAUGCAUCUCUAUGAGGAGAUGCUGAUUAGUGUAGCGCUUUGCAGCCAAUCCUAUGGCAAAACAUUGGACUGGCUGAGAUCAUCAAGCUUGUUGAUCUCAGCCAUAGAGGCAGGGCCAGUCGAGGGAAGACCAGCAUGGCGUGGGGGAAAAAAGUGAGUAAAAACACAAUUUUCUUGCAAAUGGAAAGAGUCUGGUAACCUAAACACACACCAUGAAAGACACACACACCAUGACACACACAUACCAUGAAAGACAGACACACCAGGACACACAGACACAGACAGUCUGACUUGCACAUUAUUGCGACCGGACUGGGGAUUGUGCAAGCAGGCGGCAUGCUGGGUGGUCAUGCAGGGUGGGCAGCUGGUGGCGCGAAUAGGGAGCUGUACUGUCUUUGCUCUGCUCCCCAGCACGCAGAUUAAUGAGACCAGGGCCGGAAUAUGACGUCAUAUUCUGGCCCCGGUCUCAUUAAGUAGAGGGUGGGGGAGUAGAGCAGAGACAGCACAGGUCUCCCUCCGGCCGCCAGCACACCAGCUGUCUGCCCGGCCCCAGCUGCCACAGCCCACUGGGAAAUUUCCCGGUAUCCUGGUGGGCCAGUCCUCCCCUGGGUAUAUUUGUAUGUACUAUUAACAUUGGAAUGCUGUGGUGUUUACAUUUAAAAGGUUGUGUUGGUGUUUGAUUGCGGAGAUGUAUGCACAUACACUGCAACAUACAUACAUUCUUUGGGUGAUGGUGGCUGAGGCUGGUGAUAGUGUGGGGCAGGUGCUGGCCGUAACCUUUCUCCUUCCCGCUCCAGUGCAGCUUCUCUACCUCCCGCACAGCUCCUUCGUAUGUGGGAGGAAGUGACCUGCUUUCACUUCCUCCCGGCAUCACAGUUACUACAGGGGCACUGUAGCCCUGUAAAAUGGGCACUGCACCGACCUGCUCAGCAGUUCUCAUGGAAAGGCCUUAAGUUCAUGGGCCACGUGAUGGACCCACUGAGUGUGCAGACCCCAGUGCAGCCACACUGACAGUAGUUUCGUCACUGCUUAGGGGUUGCAGUAUUGCAAUAUCCAGUGAUACCUUUUUUAUUGGACUAACUGAAUACUUAAAGACAAGGUUUCAAGAGUUUCCUCUCCCCGAGGAAGAGAGGGAAAACUCUCGAAAGCUUGUCUUUUUAGUAUUAUGUUAGUCCAGGGCUUGACCAAUUUGCUUUGAAUCUAGUAGCCAGCUAAACCGUGAAAAAGAAGUGUUUACAUUGCUGCCUAGUGACACCUCCAGUGGCAGUCACUUAGGCGGCCGAUAAAGUGUUUCCUAUCUCAGUACGCUACUUUCAGCGUCCGUGCAUGGAGGCGCUGAACAUUCCCCAUAGAAUCAAUGCAUCUCUAUGUGGCGAUGCUGAUUGGUGCAAAUGCUUCUAAUGGAAAGCAUCAAGUUGGCUGAGAUUAUCAAGCUUGAGUAAAUUGAGUAACCAAGGUGAAUAAAAACACCAUUCCCAUGUAAUCGCAGUGGGGCUGGUCAUCGUAACAUAUACACACAUACACUGACAGACACAGACCCUCAUACCAUGAUAGAUACACUGACACACACACUCACAACUUAUAUGUUUUAAUAAAAUUUAAGCCCACCCAGCCUCCCUACCUUUGGGAGAGCUGGAGUGGAUCCACUUUCAUGGUGUCCAGUGAGUGAUCAGCUGCGCGUACUGUAGGCAGACGGCAAGGGAGCUGUGAUCUUCCUGCUCUGCUCCUUCAGGCGACCCUUAUUGAUGAUUGGGCCCGAGUGAUUGUGCUUGGAGGGAACCGGCUCACAAAUUGAAGGCUGGGAUUUAAGCUCUGUGUUAGUCUAAAAAAAAAAAAAGAGAGAAUUUUUUUUUUUUAAAUGUGUGUGUGUGUGUGUGUGUGUGUAUAUAUAUUCUUAUACUUAUCAUUGUGAAUUGUGUUUUGUUCAAGAAUUCUAUCACUUCCUGAUUUGCAGACACUGCUUUGGAAUUUUUCACAGAAUGCCAUGUACAUUAUUUCUUCACAUACCUGGUAGCGUGUACGCCCAUACUUCUGGGCUUUCUGAGGCGAUUAUUUCUCUGUUGCCAGCUAUGAGAGCAUUAUUAACCUCAAGUUUAUAGUUGUUGGUAGCAACAAGAGGAAAUAUUGAGGAAGCCGUUAAAAUAAACUUAUUUUGACCUCAGCCCACUCUUUAGUAGCUGCGUUUUUAUACAUUUUCUGCCAAAAUAUUAAUUUCUUAAAGGAACGCUUCAAACACCAUAACCACUACAGCUCAGUGUAGGAGUGCACUGACACCCCCUUUAUUUUAAAGAAUAAAUUUGUUUUUGUAUUGUAAUAUUUUGUUUUCUUUCUAGAGUCUUCCAUGUUGCCUCUCCCUGUCUCCACUAUUAAUCCCGAUAGCCUUAAAGGGACACCAAAAAUACAGCUUAAUGUAGUUGUUCUGGUCUCUGUAGCAUGUCACUGCAGGAUUUUCAAUGUAAACAUAAACAGUGUUUACAUGGCUGUCUAGCAACUACUCCAGUGGCAAUCAUUCAGUUGGCCAUCAGAGAUGCUUCUUUGGUCAGUGCUGGACUAGGAAUCACCUCGAGUGACUGCCACUAGAGGUGUUACUAGGUAGCAAUUUAACCCCUUAAGGACCGGCCUGUUUUUGUGAUGUUGUACGUUAAGGACCAGAGCAGUUUUGACACUUUUGUGGUGUUUGUGUUUAGCUGUAAUUUUCCUCUCUCUCAUUUACGGUUCCCAUACAAGUUAUAUAUUGGUUUUUUUUCAGGACAAGAAGGGCUUUGUUUACAUACCAUUAUUUGUAUCAUGUCAUGUAUUUCAUAAAAAAAAAAUAAUAAUAAAAUAUGGUGAAAAAUUGAAAAAAACAUGUUUUGGACUUUUACUUGACAAAUCUUUUACUUAUCUACAAAAGCUAAUGAAAGAAACUGCUAACUAGAUUCAAAAUUUUGUCCCGAGUUUAAAAACACCCAGUGUUUAUAUGCUUUAUUAAUUUUUUUUUAAAGUUAUAGGCCUAAAAAUAUAAGUAGGAAAUUGCUGUUUCAAUAUAUAUAUAUUUAAAAUGUAUCAAUACUGACAUUGUAACACCGUUAUCUGUCAUAAAUCCCCGAGUCACACCUCAAAUGUACAUAUUUUUUUAAAGUAGACAACCCAGGGUAUUCAAUAUGGGGUAUGUCCAGUCUUUUUUAGUAACCACCUAGUCACAAACACUGGCCAAAGGUAGCAUUUAUAUUUGUUUGUGUGUAAAAAAUGCAAAAAAACAUUAACUUUGGCCAGUGUUUGUGACUAAGUGGCUACCAAAAAAGACUGAACAUACCCCAUUUGCAAUACCUUGGGUUGUCUUCUUUUGCAAAUGGUAUGCCAUCAUGGGGGUAAUUCUCAUUCCUGGGCUACCAUACCCUCUCAAAGGCAACCUAACCAAUCUGACAAAUAUCAAUUUAAAAAAAAAAGUAAAAGCCUUAUAUUUGACCCUGUAACUUUCACAAACACUAUAAAACGCGGAAUACAAAUAUUAGUGUAUCAGAACAGCAAAAUGUAUCACAGCAAUAAUACAUCUGUGGAAAUGCUGUUUGUGUGUGAAAAAUGCAAAAAGCGUCACUUUCACUGACAAUAUCAUCGCUGUGAUAUGUUUUACUGUUUUGAAACACUAAUAUUUUUGUUCAGCGAAGUCUCCCGAGUAAAACAGUACCCCCCAUGUACAGGUUUUAGGGUGUCAUAGAAAGUUACAGGGUUAAUCACAGUGCUAGCAAAUUAAAUUCUCUGGACUUUCGGCCUGGGUUGGCAGGCAGGUCCCUCAAAUUGCAAUCAUUAAAAUUACUUAAUUAGGUAAAAAUAUUACAUAAAUAUGCAUGUAGAAUUUUAAUAUAUAUACAUAUUUAUAUAUUUGACAUCUACGUGUAUAUUUAUGAAAUUAUUUAUGUAAUUAUGUACAUGGACAUAUGUAUAUUUCGUAUUUUUACUUAUUUAUACAUAGAUAUAUAUAUCAUUACAUUCUAAGUGUAUUUUGAUAUAAAUAUAUAUAUAUAUUCAUAUCAAAAUACUGUUAGAAUAAAAUUACAUAUAUAUAAUUUUUUUUAAUUAUUAAAUUAUUUUUACUUUUUAUUUAUUUUUAUUAACAUUUAUAAUUUAUUAUAUAUAUAUAUAUAUAUAUAUAUAUAUAUAUAGUUAGUAUAUAUACGUGUGUAAUUUAAAUAUAAGGGUAUUUUUAUAUUAAUAUACGUAUGACAUUAUAUAUAUAUAUAUAUAUUAAUAUAAAAAUACCCUUAUAUUUAAAUGAUAUAUAUAUAUAUAUUUUAUUUAUUUUUUUACAGUUAUUGCUUUAUUUUUUUAACUAUUUUAUGAUUUUUCACUUGCAGGGAGACUGCCUGUCUGCACAGACAGUCCCCCCGCAGGCAGAUACACAGGCACCUAUUGCAGCCACGUGAUUGAGCGAUCAUAUGGCCGCAGGGUCCAGAUCUGCCGCGGGGAGACUGCCUGGGCAGACAGGCAGUCCCCCUGGACUAGGAGAAGCGCUGAGGUAAGUACCCCCAGACCGUUAUGACAGUUCAGGACCGUCAUUGGUCCCCAAUAACGGUCCUGAACCGUCAUCAGUCAUCAAGGGGUUAAAUAAACAUUGCCUCUUCUCUGAAAAGGCAAUGUGUUUACAUUAUAAAGCGUGCAGGGACAGGAUAUGUAUUUUGUAUGCAUAUGUAUUUUUGUCGUUGGAAAUGAAACUGUUAGUUUAAAAACAAAAAACAAAAAACCCCACUGGCUUCUAACUUUUUUAGCUGGCUCCUAGAUUCCAAGCAAAUUUGUCAAUCUCUCCCAACAUUUCAAAUGAACAAAGAGGGACAUAUACAUUUUAGGGGUGUGUGGCCAGGAGCUGGGCUGUUCUGAAAAAAAUAAGUAACUAAUGACAAUGUAGGCCAUAGGCUCUCGACCUGUGGUACGCAUACUCCAGGGGUACGCGCACCACAAGCAGAGCGUACUCUGAAAGCUGGCCAUCUUAGGGCUCCCCAGGAGGCGACAGACUGACUUAAAGUCAGUGUCUUCACGUUUCAUUUGGAAUUGAAAUCAAUUGAAAUUACUUUCUUGAAGCAGGGGUUACUUAGGAUUUUUUUUUUUUUUAGACCUGCAGAUUUAUUUCUCCCUAAAAGCUUGAGAAACACUGAUGUAGCAACCGCAUUGUAACUUAUAACAAGAACAAUGUAUCUUAUUUCCACGGACUAAUCUCUAUACAUAUUUAUGUAGUUUAAAGGAUCACUAUAGUGUCAGGAAAACAAACUAGUUUUCCUGACACUAUAUAACCAUUAGGUCCCCCCACCCUCAGGGUCCUCCUCCUGCUGUGCUGAGGGGUUAAAACCUCUUCAGCCAGUUACCUUUACCCAGCGCCGGACUCCCCACUGGUGACCUCUCCUCCCCCGCUGACGUCAGCUCCCAGGUAGAGCGGAAUGCGCGUCAAGAGCAUGCCUGUAAUUUCUCAAUGCUUUCCUAUGGACGUUCUGCAUGCAGAAGCGCCUCUAACAGCUGUCAGGAAGACAGCCACUAGAGGCUGGAUUAACCCUGCAAUGUAAACAUAGCAGUUUCACUGAGACCUGGCACCCAGACCACUUCAUUGAGCUGAAGUGGUCUGGUUGACUAUAGUGCCCCUUUAAAGACACAUUACUUGUGGAGCUCUGUUACACACAUACACACCAACAAUAUGCAGCUCCUAGAAAAGAGGGACAGAUGGAUUUCGGUCCAAAAUAGUGACUGUCCCUCCUAAAUAAGGACACUUGGGAGGUAUGGUUAUGAUCCUUUAAGAGUGAGCAGUUAUCACUAAUCUCUAUGCAAAAAUGCCGCCAGGUUUAGACUGUUUAUAUAGAGGCAAGAUAUACUAAAGUGCCAUGAGCUGGAGUUAGGGUAGAAUCAACCCACUGGAACACAUGUUCCUUUAUUAUCAAGAAGGGUAUUCACUGAUACACUUAAGACUGGUUUUAAUGGUCUUUGGAAAGACUAGCCAACUUGCAGCUCACACAAUACUGUAUAUUUGUGUUAGGGGCAAAAAGUCUGUAUAUGGAGUAAGAGAUAAGUAUAAGAGUAGUCUAGAAUAUGAGAGCAAAUCGGUUGUGGUGUGCCGGAACCAACGAUGCGGUAGGGCCUGUAAAUAAGAGGGCCCACUCAAGGUAAAGGGAGGAAGGAGGAGGAUAUGUUGAGAAGUGGGAGUGGAGAGAGGGACAUGCAAUCGCCAGACCACGAACGGUGUGGAGUAAGGUAAGGGUUCCCUUUAAUUAGGGAAUACACAUGCCCCUCCCACAAUUACAGGCCAAACAUUCUUAAUACUUGUAAUACAGAUGAAUAUUCAGGCUUUGGUCACUUGAAUUUUGCUGAAGGAUUGAGGGGAAGAGGUAUUUGUUGGCAAAUUUUGCUCUAUAGAAUAGAUGCAGUUUUCUGUUUGUUUUUGCUUUGUGUGUCCUCUAUUGGAAGUAGGUAAUGCUCAGACAGUAUUUUGCACACCUAUGCAGAUUGUGCUUGUUGCUGAUAUUUACAUUGUUUACCUGGUGGAAACUUUUUCCAACUCUGAAUUGUGACUUGUAUUGAUGAACACAUUGUUAGGCAGACCUAGGUUUAAAUCCAGUGCUUUGCCGUAGGGGAGAUUAGUGCACGUGUGACAAAACACAUAACUCUAUGAAACCAACACCUCCGUUACUAGGUAGCAAUGUAAACACUGCCUGUCCUCUGAAAAGGUAGUGUUUACUUUGAACAGCCUGCGGUGACAAUAGUGUCCCUUUAAAAAUUGUAUUUUGGUAGUUGAAAACAAAGCUCUGAUAGUUGAAAAAUAAAACAAACUGUGCACUAACUUUUUUUUAGCUGGCUCCUAGAUUCAAAGCAAAUUUGUCUAGCCUUGCUCUAGUGGCUGUCAGAGUGACAGCCACUAGAGGCAUUUACACCCUGCAAUGGAACAUUUUUACAUUUCAGGGUUACGUAGAUGAGGACAUGACAUCCAGACCACUACAUUGAGAUGAAGUGGUCUGAGUGCCUAUGGUGUCACUUUAAAUGGACACUCUAAACACCAAAAUAACUAUAGCUUAAUGAAGCAGUUUUGGUGUAAAGAUCAUGCCCCUAUGGUCUCACUGAUCAAUUCUCUGCCAUUUAGAAGUUAACUCAUAUUUGCUUCUGUUUAUGCAGGCUUUGCCUAAAUCUCCCUCUGACUGUGAGAGAGAGAUGUAAUGUUUAAACUUUCUUUAUUGCUCAUUCUGAAUUGAGAAUCUCUCAUCUCCUGCUCGGACUAGGCUUAUAGACUUUUCAGGAGCCUCCUUUGUAUGAUUAAACUUCAAUUUACAGAGCAGGAGAUAAAAACCUCUAAAGCAAAUUAAUAUCUGAAAAUGAAAAUGUUGUUUUCAUCCAGGCUAUUUAAGUCAGCCAUGGGAGGUGUGGCUAAACAGAAAUAUAAGUGAUGUAACUCCUAAAUGGCAGAUAAUUGACCCGUGAGACUGCAUGGGCAUGAUCUGUACUCCCAAACUGCUUUGUUAAGCUAAAGUUGUUUUGAUUCUAUAGUGUCCCUUUAAGAACACACUGGAGGCUGUCGCAGGCUCUAUUGGGGUAUUAACAGAGUAGAAAGCGCCUGGAGUCAGUCCAGUGGUGAUGUCCACGUUUCCCUAGUGGCAUCCGGCAUCUGAAAUUUUUACUUACAGAAAUUGAGAAGUGCUGCCGGGCAGGGAUGCUGCUCAUUGGCUGAGAGCAGUCGGCUGUGUGUGUGUCUCACCACUGCCCCCUAUUCUUGGAACGUGCCACAUCUCUACAUUAUUCAAUAUUUCUGUCUCUCUAGAUUUUAAAACACAAACUUUGCCUGUAAGCAUAUUCUCUCUUUCAUACGUCUCUGAUGUUUUGUUUAUGUUUCAGAUGUAUUCAGAAAAAGACAAAUUUAGUAAUCAUUUGGCCUGACAUUUGUCUUUAAUCUGCUCUUGAUUUUGAGAGCAAAUAAAACGACCCAGCUCAACUUCAUUAAUGUUUGCAAAUGCUCCACAUGGAAUCGAACAUCCGUUUUUAUUUCUUUUUCUGUGUUAAAGAAUAAAUUGGCUAUGGUUCCCCUGGGGGAAGGAAAUAAAGUCAUGAGAAAAUGAAAGUACACCCCUUUUUUAAUUCUAUGGUUUUACAGAUCAGGGCAUAACAACAAUUAUCUGUUCGUUAGCAGGUGUUAAAAUGAGGUUAAUACAACCUUAGAUGAACAAUAUUACAGUGUAAUGUUUUAUUUAACAAAAAAUGGAGAAGCCACAUGUGAAAAACAAAGUACUGCUUCCAUAGGAAUUAGGAGGCAAGGUGCCUAAUCAAAUGCCCUUGAUUAAUUGAACAUCAGCAAAUAUGACCACCUCUAUAAAAGGAUUUAGCAGUUUGCUGGUCUGGAGCAUUGAGUUGUGUGCCAACAUAAUGCAGAGGAGGAAAGAUAUCAGCAAUAAUUUAAGAGAAGCAAUUGUUGCUGACCAUCAAACCAUCAAAAGCGUUAUUAUAAGGCCAUUUCCGAACAAUUUAUAAGUCCAUCAUUCUACAGUGAUAAAGAUUAUUCAAAAGUGAAAACAAUUCUAGACCAUUGCCAAUCUUCCCAGCAAAUUCACCCCAAGGUCAGACCGUGCAAUGUUCAGAAAAAUUGCUCUAAAUUUCUCUAAAAAAACAUGGCAGCACGGCUUAGAUUUGCAAAGUCAAAUCUGAACAAACCACAAGACUAAUUUAACAAUUUCCUUUGGAGAGAUGAGACCAAAUUGGAGGUGUUUGGCCAUAAUGCACAGCGCCACAUUUGUCGAAACUCAAACACAGCAUUUCAGAACAUACACCUCAUACCAACUUUCAAACACGUUGGUGGAAGGGUGAUGAUUUGGGCUUGUUUUGCAGCCACAGUAUCUUGCAGUCAUUGAGUCAACCAUGAAUUCCUUUGUAUACCAAAGUAUUCUAGAGUCAAAUGUGAGGCCAUCUGUCCAACAAUGCAAGCUCGGCUGAAAUUGUAAAGUGCAACAGGACAAUGAUCCCCAAGCACACCAGCAAAUCUACAAUAGAAUGCCUUGAAAAGAAAAUAAUGAAGGUGUUGCAAUCGCACAAAGUCCAGAUCUCAACCCAAAUGUAUGUGUGGCAGAACCUUAAAGGACCACUACAGUGCCAGGAAAACACACUUGAUUUCCUGGCACUAUAGUGCCCUGAGGGUGCUCUGGGGAGAGGAAGGGGUUAAAACUUACCUUUUCUCCAGCGCCGGGCGGUGAGCUCUCCUCCUCCUCUCGGCCUCCUCUCCUCCCCUUCGGCUGAAUGCGCACGCGCGGCAAGAGCUGUGCGCGCAUUCAGCUGGUCUCAUAGGAAAGCAUUCAUAAUGCUUUCCUAUGGACGCUUGCGUGUUCUCACUGUGAUUUUCACAGUGAGAAUCACGCAAGCGACUCUAUGUAAUAUAGUUAAUACAGUAUGAGUAGUUAAUUAGAAUAAACUUGUUUUAUGUACAUUCUGCGCGUUGUUAUUCUCAAACCUCUGAUUAUCGUGUUCAUGGUUUGGAUGAAAUCACAAAACAUUACUGUUGGACUCUGUCCCAUAGCAGAACUACAGAAAAUAUUUAUAUAGAACACCUGGUGCUGUUUAGAACUUUUCAGUUAAAGCAUAAUCUCCUUAAGCCAUUUUAAUUGGUUCUUGGACUUGGAGUUUGCAAUGUUCGUUCGUUACAUAGUUACUGGUAUUCCGGGCUGUUUAUCUCACAGAUCUGUCAUGCAGCUUGCUCGUUUUAGUCAGUUUCCGGACCAGGAGACUGGAAAAACCAGAGCUGUAGGGAAAAUGUUGGUAUUGCGGUGUGAAUUCCAUUGUUUGUGGUAUAAGCUAACCGUGUGAUAACACAGCUAAGGAAGUAUUGGCAGCUGAGUUACAAUACUGGUUUGGAAAUGUCUGUCUUCUAAAUGUGGACAAUAUUAUCCAGCUUCCUUCGGGAGGUUAACACACUGGCCAUUAGUUACAUAUUUAUAUAGUGGCCCAUGGUGGGUAACUCCACUCUUAUGGAUUGAUUUUAGAUGGCCGUAAUAUGUCACUUUUAUAUGUCAGCAUAUAUUUAUUCUCUGAAAAAAACAUUCUAGCUCUUUUUUUUUUUUUUUAUUGCACUGCUUUAUGUUGAACUAGAUCUGUCAGUUUUAUGAAGUAAUAUGAAUUUUAAGAAUCAUUUCUGGUACAUUGAAAAAUAAAAUAACCUACCUGAACAUGGCAAUUAAAGAUAUUCCCAUGAAACACUGAUCUUUUUACAUAUGCUAAUAAUUGUACUUCUAGGGACACUCCAGGCAUUUUCCAGGCACCAAGAUAAUUUAAAGGAACACUGUAAUGUUAGGAAAUAGAAACCUAUAUUCCUAAUGAUAUAGUACUCUUCCCACCCCCCACCACCCAGAUUGGAGCAAAGAAUCACUUAUACUAACCUUAAAUCCAUUGCAGUGCUGCUCCCUCAGCGACUGGCCUCGCCUCCAUAGCUGAAAUCCUUAAAUCUUGAUGAUCUCAGAUAUUUUGAUGUUUCACCCCAGUCAGCAUCUCCUUAAACAUAUGCAUGGAAUCAGUGUAUCCCUAUGGAAAGCAUUCACCAUCUCUGGGGCUUAUAUUCUUAAUUAGGAAUUGUGAAGAAAUGACUUAUAUUGGCAGGUGAAUUCUAAAUUUUAGGUCUAAAGAUUAGACUUUGUAGGAGGCGGGGGGAAAUCCAGCUCAAUGUUUAUUUUUGCAGCUCGGCUGUUUUGACCAUCAAUUUUUAUUUUUUUUAGUCACUUCUCCAUAAGGCCUGCUUUAGUGCAUAAAUGCCUCAAAUUCCGUAGUAUAAUAUGCCAGCAUCCGUAAUAGCAACUCUUGGGGGUGGUUAAUAGUUAAGCUGCUUAAAUAGGAACUAUUCCACACACACCCCACUAUUACACGCGCACACACACACACACCAUGGAAUUGAAUCCCUCAUAAAUGUUCCCCACUGGGCAGUGAUGAUAGAUUUACCAUGCAGUAUAUUUCGUGCAGACUAUAUUGUGUAAAUCAGGGACGGCCAAACGUAGUUUAACAGAUGUUGUGGGACUGCAAUUUUCAAUAUUUUCAACAUAUUGUAUCUAAACUACUAUAUCUUAAUCUCUUCUCUGGAAAUGUAAUACAUUGUUGUUUCCGAGAACAGUUUUCCAAAAACAUGCCUCUAGUGGUUGUCACACUUAGACACUUCCUACUUAACACUUUCAGUAUUUGAAGGCCUUCACGUUCAACGUCACAGCUACCAUCCGUAGUUGUGGAUCUCAAGGUAGAAUUAUUUUAAGGGGUCCCUUGGAACACAACUCAACAUGCUCAAUCCACAAACCAACCCAGACACACAUUUGCGCACACACAGAUACAAUCUGCCAAAUAUUCCCCCACACCUAAAUCCCCAGCCUUGUAUGGGGCUUUGAGCCCUGACUCACUGUCUCACCUCCCCCGGCCUCCCUCCCCCUCUUGUACUGGUGGGAGAUAUUCCACUCCCCACUGCAGUAUUUGAGUGGUCAGCUCAACAACAGCUAAGGACUAGCAGUCAAGAUGGCCACCCUGCCAGGGCCUACAGCCAUGUGCACCUCGCCACAGUCACCCAUAUGCAUGGACCUGCUACUCCUGGCUUUCGAUCGAUUGAAAUUCUAGGAGAGGCUCUAUGUGGACUGACACCAAAGUCUUGGGUAUUCCCAGCGAGUUCCACUACGAAAGAAAAGGCGCAAGAGGCCUCAACGGUCGACUAUACCUCAAAGCACCGGCCUUAACUCCUGCACCUACUUAACCCAACUGCGGGAUGCCUAUCCUCUCCACCCCAAUGCAGCCUGCCGGAUCCAGGGGUAUAAGAUUUAUGUUGCUGGGUGUGCAGAGCCAAAAUACUGCAGAUACGAGCACAGGUCGAAGGCCGGCUGGAAAAUUAUACCAGAAUGCAUGAAAGAUCUGGCAUAAUGGAGGGGCGCCUUUGGAGUGGCUAACAGUAGUGGAAGCUGGGACUCGACACGAUUGAGCCACAAAUUCUUCCUUUUACUAAUGAUUGUACACUGCACAAUGGUAAACAUGCCAUUGUUUUAUUACGUUAAUGUGUCCUAAUUAAUUAUCAGACAGUACAUGGUCACUCGACCAUGUACACAUUUUAGCUAGGCUGUCCGUCAAGCCUGCGAGUGCUCAGCGGGUCGCGAGGGCAUCAGGCAGCGGUCUGCACGAUGCCCUUGCGGUAUGUAUCUGCAGCGAUCCACGAGGUCAGCACUCUGGAGCGCUUUUCUGCGAGGACAGUGCAGGGCGGAAAACCAGACUAAGGCGCCGUGAGGUAACGGCUUGGUGCCAAAAAAUGUAAAAAAUUGGCAAUGCUGCCCUGCCCUUCUUCUCAAAAUGUUUUAUUUUUAUUAUUGUCAGUAAAAUACAGAAUUAAUAACCAUAAAUGCGUUUCACCAUAAGUGGCUUCUUCAGAAUGGCAUUCUGAAGAAGCCACUUAUGGUGAAACGCGUUUAUGAUCCCAUUCUGAAGAAGCCACUUAUGGUGAAACGCAUUUAUGGUUAUUAAUUCUGUAUUUUACUGUGUAUUUUAGAUCAAUAAAAGUUUUUUGGCUACUUUAUUGUACCAAUCCUCUUUUUAUUGCACUCUUUAUGCACUUUAAACAACUUUUGUUUUUACCUAUUCCUGGCAUUUUAACCUUUCCUGGUUACUUUUACUUCCAUUGGCAAUUUUAAAGUUCCAGUACUCCAAGAAAUCCUAGGUGGGGAUCAUACCACCAGCGCCUAUCCAUAGAGCAGUACCUCUGCUCUAUCUUUGUGAGUAUUAUUUUAUUUUCUCUACUACUCUCUUAACCUAUCACAAUUGAGAGCACUAUUGCUGCUUUUUAUUCUUCUAUAUUGGAGCCUUGGAUCACCAGACGGUGCUGACGGACGUAUCGCCGCUACAUAUCCUAUAAGCGGGGAUUAUACCGCUGUACGCUAUCCACACCAGAGCUGGCCAUAGCUCCCUCAAAUGUGAGUUUUUUACCUCUUCUUAUCUGCACAUUGAACCACAUCAAAAUUGAGAGCACUAUUGUUGCUUUCUGUCUUUCUUUUUCGAGCUCUGGACUACCAGACGGUGCUGACGGAGACCCCUCCCUACAUAUCCCAUAAGCGGGGAUUAUACCGCUGUACGCAAUCCACACCAGAGCUGGCCAUAGCUCUCCUGAAUGUGAGUUCUUUACUUUUUGUUACCUAUCACACCCUGAACUUUCAUACUAUACCAUUAGUCGCCUCUACCUCUCUUGUAUUUACAUAUACGGAACGGUCUACACCAGACGCAUCCACAGAGGAACUCUAUCAAGUAUCCUAGACCAUCUAUUGGCACCCUAGCAAUACUUUACUGGACUAUCUACCCUUAUUUGGCGCAGCCCUUCCAUAUCUUUUUUAGCUCUCUCUAGCAGUCUAGCAGUUCUCACAUGGGACUGUAUUUGCACUCUGGGAGGAAGUGAUAUGAAAUCUUUUUAUACAGUGAGCACAGCUAGGCUAGUAAUGGAGCGGCUCCUCAAUGCAGUCUGGUUUGAAGAGAGAGAACGUUCUCUCCAAGAAGACUGCAUAAUGUGAAAGGGUCCCAUGUGGGCCCCUGCACUGGUCCGGGACUCUGAACCUAUUGUGGGCAUUUACCCCCUUCUGAUGGUCUUGCUCAUUGUCAUGCACAUGUCGUUGACCACGAACAUGGCUAAUGCUUCUCAGUAUGAGAAGUAGUGGAUUGGUGGAGAAUGGUGAUUACCGUACAAGCAUUGUUUACUGCUAAUUAUUGAACAUCACAACCCUAGCAAGCUUCUGAAAAUCAACUUGAUGCUCCAGGACGUACAAUGAUCUGUAUAUAAUGUUGCAUAUGCCAUGUAUGUCUGUUUGCUUUGGAAUUGUCCGUUAAAGGGACACUGUAGUCACUAUAACCAUUUCAUCUCUUUGAAUUGGUUAUAGUGCCUGGAGUGCCCUGGCACUGUCCCUCCAUUCUAUGUUUUACCAUGUUCGUGCAGUAUGCCACAAAAUAAGAGUCCCUGGCCACCCACAGUCCGGCCCCUUCUGUAUGUGUAGCUAAGGCAGAGAUUACACACUUCCUUGUUGUCAUACCCAUUCAUACCGCCAGUUGGAGCUUUGACUGGCUAAAAGCAGUCAGCUGACACUCUCAGUCAAUCAUAGUUGCCCAAUGCUGCACAGGCUAAUACUUCCUUAUUAGCCAAAGCAGCACAGAGGGGAUGGACUGCCUGGGGCUUUUGUUUAGCAUUAGAACAUUAGAAAAUGUUUAAUGCUAAAAGAAAGGAUGGUACCGGGGACUCCAGACACUAUAACCAGAUUAAUGAGAUGAAGCAGAUACAGUGCCUACGGUGUCCCUUUAAUAUGCUGUUAGCUAUGAAGGUAGGAUUUGUUUUUUUUUGGUUUUUUUUUCUCAAGACCUUUCUCAUCAAUCACUGAAUUGUAGUGAAUUGUAAAUCAUAUUCCAAAAUUUAAGCAAACAAUGCUGAUUUGGAACAAUUCUCCCACAAUUAAGCUUAAAUCACAGCUGGAUUAUUUUUGUCAAAAUUUCCCUUUUUUAAAUACAGUUAAAUGUUUUGCAAAUAAACCCCAUUGUGCUGCGAACAGGUAUGUUCCUUAAAGAUGGAACGUGAGCUACAUCAUCACUGACACAAUAGCUUUUACACCAUGAGCCUUUGGGUUCCGAUAUCUGAAUGUUCCACAGGAAAGAUCCAUUCUAGCUGGAGGAAGACGUGGACAGGAUGCAGAUAAGACAGACGCACAGGACUGAAAUCAUGCUUCUCUUUUGUAUCUGAAUUUCAGGGGAAAUCCUGGCAGCUUCCUUGUACCUCCUGUUUAAUUAUUUUAUACGAAAGGAACAAAUGGUAAAUGUGCACGAUCUCGAGUUUGUGUUCACUCACAUGGAUUAUGAGUUUAACACAUUUACCAUCCUCCUGUUGCUCCCUUAGGGAAACCAUUCAUGCAGUGUUAAACAUCCUGUGUUAGCAAGCAGUCAGUUGAACCAUGUAAUUGUUCUGUUAAAUGGGACUCUCCGAACUCCACAAAUAUUUAUCCUUCUUGUAAUAGGUUGUGGUAAAAUAAAUUCCCUUUGGCUCCUUGCAUUAUGUUACUAUUAUCUGUCGCUUUAAGUCUCCUUCCUCCCCCUCAUUGCCAUUACGGAAUAAAUCUAUGCUUUAUAUUACAAAGUGUAUUUAUUCACAUUAAUUGCGCCACAGACCAUUACAAUUGUCAGUGCAUAAAAAAAUCAGGAUACUGUUACCUUAAAGGAACCAUAUAGGGUAGAAAACACAAAUCCAUGACCUUAUAGUGUUAAAUCCACCAUCUAGCCCCCCUAACUCCAACCCCCCCCCACCGGACCCCCUUUAAAUAUAGUAAAAUCUUACUUUUAGUGGUCUGCUGCUGCUGGCUCUGCCCCUGAUCUUCCUGUUUGGUUGACAUCCUCAGAAGUGAUUAUCUGAGACAAUCACGGUGCUUUCCCGUAGGAUUGGCUGAGACUGUCAAGGAGGCAGAUCAGGGGCAGAGCUAACACAAGCCACACAUCCCUGGUCCAUCAGCAUCUCCUCAUAGAGAUACAUUAAAUCAAUGCAUAUCUAUGAGGAAAGUUUAGUGUCUGCAUGCAGAGAGGGUGGAUGGAGACACUGAAUGUCCAUGUUGCACAAUGUGCAGCACUGCCCCAGGAAGCACCUCUAGAAGUCAUCUAAAAAGUGGCCACUGAAGCUAUAUCCUUCGGAUGUAAUGUAAACAUUGCAUUUUCUCUGAAAAGAAAAGUGUUUACUGCAAAAGGCCUCAUGGGAAUGAUUAUACUCACCAGAUCAAAUACAAUAAGCUGUAGUUGUUCUGGUGACUAUAGUGUCCCUUUAAGAAACUGCAAAUUCUAAAGAUGUCCACAUUUUUUUUUGCAGUGACACCUUAUGGUAAUUUAUUCACAAUAAUUGCACCAGAGACAGUUUUUGUAAUAUAUUUUGCGUUCUUUGGAAUUUAGAGGUAUUCCAGUCUGCUUGGCAGUACAUUCUUAUAUUUAGCACUUUAAUGAUUUAUAAUAACUGAACAAAGUAAUUUUAUGGCAUGUGCAUGUCUUAACUAGUAUGUCUGUUACGUGCUCUCUUAUAACUUUUUAUGAGAGUGCUUGCAAGCCUGUGUUGCUGGUACACAUGUGUAUUGGCACAAAGGGCUUAAUUUAAGAUAAACUUGUAUUUUAAUCUCAAAUUCUAGAGUUAUUACCUGUUUGAUAGCUGAACUAUGGGGAAAAUUAUAUUUAAAAAAAGUAUGCAGAAUAUACACUAAAUAAGUGGGUGACCAAUUUGAUCUUAAGCAAAUUUUGGCAUUGAAAUGUUUUUGCAUGAGACGACUCUGUAGCUUUAGGUGAAUUAGGGUUUGGGCUAAGAUGCUGUGGACUACACCUCCUGUGAUUCUUUGCCAGGAUGUCCCCUAAGCCUACAUCCCUGGGUGCACUGCUGUACCCUGCAUCAACAGCAGUAAGUAUGCUAUUGUACUUGUUUCUGCAUUAUAAAAGGCGCUAUGAUGCUGCUGUGUGGGUUGUUUUUUUUUUUUUGCGUUGCAAGAUUGUAGCAUUGAUAUAAUGAUGGUUAUGUUUUAAAUUUGAAAUCUAAUUUUUAAUUACAUAAUGUAUACACUAAUGUCAGAUUGUAAGCUUGAGUGGACAGAAACCGCUUGUAUUUGUUAUUUGUCAUAGUUUGCCUCUUAUUUGCGGUUUUAUCCUCUUUGUAUUAUUUUAAAGUGCUGUAGGUUGGCGCUAUAUAAAUGAUGAUAAUUUGAUCAGACCAUAAUAUAUUCAUCAUUACAGCCAGAGAAUCCUUAUUGUCUGGUGCACCAUAUUUGCUCCUAUCCAAGAGGUCCAUUCCCUAACGCCAAAUUGUAACAAAUUCAAACCCGAAACAGGCUAAAAUAGCUGAAAUUGGCAGCAUUUCCAUCUUGGCAAUAGUCACAGUUUGGCUGUUUUUGCCUUCUGGAUUUCACUUCACUACGAUUCAGAGUUUCAUAUCUAUCCACCAAGAUCUACUUGGAGAUGCUAAAUCUCAUCUUAUUCUUCUUGGUGAGACACAUAAGGUUAUUUGCUCACAAUUGCCCUUUAGCAGAAUGUCUUUCCAAACUUGGACUCUGGCUGCAUCUUACAUCCUCAUUUUCUAAUAUAUUAUCCACUUUGGAGCUGGGACUGUUUCUCUUUUAUGAUUAUUAUUUUUUUUUACCAUUCGUGGCUCAUACUACUCCUGUCUUACUAGUGUAUCUUUUGGUCUCUCCUCCAGUCCUGUUGCAGACAUUGUCCACCCGAAGAAGGAACAUUCCACUCCAGAACGGAGGGUCCGUCCAGUCUUCUCUGGGAUGAGCCUCUUAGACCGGCUGAUAAAAACCUGCCCGGUCUGGCUCCAGCUGUGCAUGUCUCAGGAGCAAGUUGUGGAGAUACUGAAGGGAGAAGCAGAUGGGGUAAGUUGCGUUUGGGUUGAGACACCUUUUAUAUUUCGUAUAAGACAGACCUUCACUGAGCUUUAUAUUUACAUAUAUAGUAGGGAUCGAUCGAUAUUGAUUUUUUAGAGCUUCUUGCUCUCUGGUAGUAGAGGCCGGGAGCAAUGCCCAGCAGAAGUCAAACCAUUCUUCCAGCUUUAACAUUUCCUUCUCAUUUCCCCCCUUUUUACCUUUUGUAGAGUCAGUGUUAUGAGCCCUUGUCUUGGGGAUCUGGUUCAUUAAAGGUCUCUUCACUUGAAAAAUGUGCUGACACCUGUGCAAACAGGAUUUUUAAUAGUAUGUUUACUCGUGCCCUAUGAUUAGAAAAAGUGUGUUUCAGAAGUCUUAAAUGUAAAAUUAAAUUUAGAAAUCCACACAUUUCUCCUGGAGUUUGGCACCAACACCAUGUCUCCCUGUCAAUAUUCGUUAUAAUGUUUGCCUUUUUCUACCAUUAAACAAAUAAUAUAGGCAGCAAACGGUGGCAACUCUACACUUUGCAGGGCCUUAGGAGAAACUCAAACAUGACUCCCCUGCUAACACCCAUAGUGGAAAUAAAUAGGGGUUGCAUAGUGAGUUAGUGAGUGUGACGAGACCACUCUCGCCACUGUGCAUUGGAGGAGCCUGGUUGCCUGCCUGCUGCCUUUAGAAUAUGGCCCCAUGUUGAAACUCUUGAUUUUCCCCUGCGGAGACACGAAAGCUGGGUCAUUUGGUGCUGGCCCUGUUUGAGCGGUGAUACCCCAGAUAGCUAUGCCAUGGAGCCCAUUCGUAUAAUGAAAGACUAUGGGAAAGAUUUUGGCUCCAUGGCAAUUGAACUGUAUGUGUGUGCUCUGAGCGCCAUUCAGUAAUAAUGUGCGCUUAGAUCUGGGCUAUCUGGGGAUUUGUUGAAUGUACCUGUUUUGUGCAAUGGCUGCACAGUUAUAUGUUUUUAUGUGUUUUAUUGUCUUUUGCUGCCAUGUGUUUAAUGGAGUUUUGCCUCUGUCCUUGGAGAUAAUUGGAUUACUUCCCAAUUAUCUCCAGGAUAGAAGACUCUGUGGAACUGGUUUUGCGCAGAAAAGCCAUGCUUCAUUUGGUCACAAAGGACUACGAUCUAUCUUGUGAACCACUGGACCAAUUUGGAUGAUUUUGACAUAUGUUUGUAUUUGGAGUAUGCUAAUUCUGAAAAUGUAGGUUUUAUGUGAAUAUGAUGUAUACUUUUAUGAAUAAUGUGGACAAAUUUUAUUUCUCUGCUUGUUAUAAUUACAUUACCCAUUGUGUAAGGUAAUUGUAUCACAGGCAGAGGGGAGGAUUUUGUGUGGGAGUGUCUGAGUGUAUUGUACAUGUUUAUUGGUUGUUUUCCAAAACCUUGUGGGUGGUACUAAUGUGUAAGAAUGUGUACAUAAGAACAAUAAACCCACAGCUCUGUCUGUUCACUGCUUGACCCUCAACGCGGAGCUUUGUCUCGUUCUUGGGGGGAUUUACUGUAUGCUGUUAGAGACUGAUUGCCAGGCGUGUAAGCCGCUUGGGAGCUUUUCCUGUUCAGCUGCUAGCAGCUAUUCGUGAGGUUCCAGUUCGUGAGUUUGGAGUGCUACUUGGUAUCCUGUUCGGGAGUUUGGGGUUCUGCAGUAGCUGUGCCUGUGUCUCUGGAAGGGGAAGAUCUCCUAAACGGCGGUUUAACCCUUUUAUUCUGAGGGUGCCGUUACAGUGAGUGUAUAAGCUGUAGUUAUAUUGGAGGGCGGGCUUGCAGCACAGGACACAGCUAGUCUCUGUAUUCAUCGUUCAGAGGCUCGUAGUGUUGCGGAUCCCUGUUCUGCGGCGUUGUGAGCUCUAUGGCUGCAGUUAUGGCAUAAUUUGCAAACAAAAUAAUUUGACAUAGUUGGAGGAGGGAAGAGUGACAGAAUAAGGGGCUUAAUGUGACAAGGUGAGUUUGGCAUGGUUAGGGGGAGUGAGUAUCACAAGAUUGGAGUGAACGUGGCAUGAUUGAGGAUGGAUUGUCACUGGGGAGGCAAGUGUGACAGGGCUGGGGGUGAGUGUUGACAUAGUUGGAAGUGGUAGGUGUGACAGUAUUUGGUUUUAAUGUGAGUGUGGCAAGGUGAAGGGGGGAUGACCGUGUGUGGAGACUCUUUUCCAGUGACCAGCCUCCCUGCACUGUAAUAUAUUUUUAUUUUGGCAGUAAUCAAUUUCCUGGUGAUCCGCUGGGCUAGCUAUCCAUUCUGCCGGGAGCAGAGUUGUAGACCAUGUCGUACUUGUCUUUCAAGCUCCUGCACUUGAAGUGUCUGAGCGUUGCCGUGGUAACACGCAGAUAUGAUCUGAUUGGCUGGAGCUUGUGAGACACCUAUUUCACGAUCUGCAACUCUGCACCUGCUGGCUGGGUGCUCUCUUCAUCUCUAGGCAAACUGAGUUGAGGGGUCCCAUACCAAGCAGCACACAGGACAAGCUGCUAGAUGCCCUCCUGGUGUUGGGCCCUUGUCCGGACCAAGGGCCGACUGAUCAGUCUCCCAUAAGGUGAGACAGGUGCCUGCAAGGCCCCAGUAAGUGCAAUACCUUAGCCGCGCACCUAUUUCACCUAAUUAAUAGAAUUACCCAGCUUAAUGAAGCCGAAUUGAUGUAUAAAUCAUGCCCCUGCAGUCUCACUGCUUAAUUCACUGUUAUUUAGGAGUUAAAUCACUUUAUUUUUUAUUUUUUUGUGCAGCCUUCGCUACACCUCCCCUGGCUCUAACUGACACAGCCUGCAUGAAAAAAAAAGUUUCAUUUUCAAUCAGAUGUUAACUUGCUUUAGGCAUUUUUAUCACCUGCUCUGUAAAUUGAACUUUAAGCACAUGUGGAGGCUCCUGCAUGCUUUAUCAGUCUUUUAACAGACCAGGAGAUGAGAAAUUCUAAACUAAACAGGCUGUGCAAUAAAGGAAGUUUAAACAUUAGAUCUCCGUAAUACAGGAAGUAUUUAGGAAGGAUGUGUAAGUCGCAGACAAAGGCUGCAUAAACAAAGUGAUUUAACUCGUAAAUAUCAAAGAAUUGAGCAGUGAGACUGCAGGGGCAUGAUCUCCACCCAGCUAACGUUAGUUUGGUGCCUAUAGCAUUCCUUUAACCCAUUAAGGACCAAACUUCUGGAAUAAAAGGGAAUCCUGACAUGUCACACAUGUGUUUAAGGGGUUAAACAGAGUUUGUGAAAGAAGAAAAACUUUAACCCCUUUAGACCGGAGGGCGUACAAUUACGCCCUAUUAUAGGCGGCUCUAAACGCCGCCGGGCGUAAUUGUACGCCCUCCGGUUUUUGCCUACUUACUCCCAGGGAGCCCCCCGCGGCACGUCCGUCAUCGUCGAAGCCCCCCGGCCAUGUGAGAGUGGGGUCCUAGCGAUAUAUAUUAAUAUCAAAUUACACGUAGACUGAUACUGGUUAAAUAUAUAUAUAUAUAUAUAAUUAUUGUUAUAUAUAUAUUUAUAUAUAAUAUAAAAAAAAUUAAAUAUGUAAAUACGUUAAAAAUUAAAAUAAAAAAAAUUAAAACAAAAUAAUAAAAAAAAUAUAUAGAUGUGUUAUUUCAUUCUAACUGUAUUGUGAUAUUAAUAUAUAUAUUUAUAUCAAAAUACACGUAGAACGAAAUAUAUAUCUACAUACAUAAAUAUAUACGUAUAUAUCACUAUAUAUACCUAUAUAUAAAUAAAAAUAUUUAAAAAAAAUGAUAUAGAUAUACACAUAUAGAUUCACAUAUGUAUAUAUAUAUAUACAUAUAUUAAUUCUACAUAUAUAUUUAUGUAAUAUUUUUACAUAAUUAGGUAUCUUAAUUAAUUACAAUUAGCGGGACCUGCAUGACAACCCAUCCCGAAAGUAAAGGGAAUUUAAUUGGCUAGCACUAUAUUUAACCCUAUAACUUUCCAAGACACCAUAAAACCUGUACAUGGGGGGUACUGUUCUACUCGGGAGACUUCGCUGAACACAAAUAUUAGUGUUUCAAAACAGUAAAAUGUAUUACAACGAUGAUAUCACCAGUAAAAGUGAAGUUUUUUUGCAUUUUUCACGCACAAACAGCACUUACACGGACGAUAUUAUUGCUGCGAUACUUUUUACUGUUUUGAAACACAAAUAUUUGUGUUCAGCGAAGUCUCCCGAGUACAACAGUACCCCUCAUGUACAGGUUUUAUGGUGUUUUCAAAAGUUACAGCGUCAAAUAUAAGGCUUGCGUUUCAUUUUUUUCACAUUAAAAUUUGCCAGAUUGGUUACGGUGCCUUUGAGACCCUAUGGUAGCCCGAGAAUGAAAAUUACCCCUAUGAUGGCAUACCAUUUGCAAUAGUAGACAACCCAAGGUAUUGCAAACGGGGUAUGUCCAGUCUUUUUUAGUAGCCACUUAGUCACAAACACUGGCCAAAAUUGGCGUUUUUGCAUUUUUCACACAAACAAAUACUAACGCUAACUUUGGCCAGUGUUUGUGACCAAAUGGCUACUAAAAAAGACUGGACAUACCCCAUUUGCAAUACCUUGGGUUGUCUACUAUUGCAAAUGGUAUGCCAUUAUGGGUGUAAAUUUCAUUCCUGGCUACUAUAAAGUCCCAAAGGCAACGUAACCAAUCUGGCGAAUUUCAAUUUCAAAUGUAACGUGCUAUAUUUGACCCUGUAACUUCCCAAAACGCCAUAAAACCUGUCCAUAGGGGGUACUGUUUUACACGUGAGACUUUGCUGAAUAAAAAUGUGUAUUGUAUUGCAGUAAAAGCAAACAGUAUUAUGACAUUGACAGUUAAAAUGUCAUGUAGAACUAAAAAAAUUAAAAAAAAAUAUUUUCUCCCAUUUUUUUCAUAUUAAAUUAUGUUUCACAUCUAAAUAUUUGAUAUUAAAUGAAAGCCCUGUUUCCCCUGAAUAAAAUGAUAUACAGGGAGUGCAGAAUUAUUAGGCAAGUUGUAUUUUUGAGGAUUAAUUUUAUUAUUGAACAACAACCAUGUUCUCAAUGAACCCAAAAAACUCAUUAAUAUCAAAGCUGAAUAUUUUUGGAAGUAGUUUUUAGUUUGUUUUUAGUUUUAGCUAUGUUAGGGGGAUAUCUGUGUGUGCAGGUGACUAUUACUGUGCAUAAUUAUUAGGCAACUUAACAAAAAACAAAUAUAUACCCAUUUCAAUUAUUUAUUAUUACCAGUGAAACCAAUAUAACAUCUCAACAUUCACAAAUAUACAUUUCUGACAUUCAAAAACAAAACAAAAACAAAUCAGUGACCAAUAUAGCCACCUUUCUUUGCAAGGACACUCAAAAGCCUGCCAUCCAUGGAUUCUGUCAGUGUUUUGAUCUGUUCACCAUCAACAUUGCGUGCAGCAGCAACCACAGCCUCCCAGACACUGUUCAGAGAGGUGUACUGUUUUCCUCCUUGUAAAUCUCACAUUUGAUGAUGGACCACAGGUUCUCAAUGGGGUUCAGAUCAGGUGAACAAGGAGGCCAUGUCAUUAGAUUUUCUUCUUUUAUACCCUUUCUUGCCAGCCACGCUGUGGAGUACUUGGACGCGUGUGAUGGAGCAUUGUCCUGCAUGAAAAUCAUGUUUUUCUUGAAGGAUGCAGACUUCUUCCUGUACCACUGCUUGAAGAAGGUGUCUUCCAGGAACUGGCAGUAGGACUGGGAGUUGAGCUUGACUCCAUCCUCAACCCGAAAAGGCCCCACAAGCUCAUCUUUGAUGAUACUAGCCCAAACCAGUACUCCACCUCCACCUUGCUGGCGUCUGAGUCGGACUGGAGCUCUCUGCCCUUUACCAAUCCAGCCACGGGCCCAUCCAUCUGGCCCAUCAAGACUCACUCUCAUUUCAUCAGUCCAUAAAACCUUAGAAAAAUCAGUCUUGAGAUAUUUCUUGGCCCAGUCUUGACGUUUCAGCUUGUGUGUCUUGUUCAGUGGUGGUCGUCUUUCAGCCUUUCUUACCUUGGCCAUGUCUCUGAGUAUUGCACACCUUGUGCUUUUGGGCACUCCAGUGAUGUUGCAGCUCUGAAAUAUGGCCAAACUGGUGGCAAGUGGCAUCGUGGCAGCUGCACGCUUGACUUUUCUCAGUUCAUGGGCAGUUAUUUUGCGCCUUGGUUUUUCCACACGCUUCUUGCGACCCUGUUGACUAUUUUGAAUGAAACGCUUGAUUGUUCGAUGAUCACGCUUCAGAAGCUUUGCAAUUUUAAGAGUGCUGCAUCCCUCUGCAAGAUAUCUCACUAUUUUUUACUUUUCUGAGCCUGUCAAGUCCUUCUUUUGACCCAUUUUGCCAAAGGAAAGGAAGUUGCCUAAUAAUUAUGCACACCUGAUAUAGGGUGUUGAUGUCAUUAGACCACACCCCUUCUCAUUACAGAGAUGCACAUCACCUAAUAUGCUUAAUUGGUAGUAGGCUUUCGAGCCUAUACAGCUUGGAGUAAGACAACAUGCAUAAAGAGGAUGAUGUGGUCAAAAUACUCAUUUGCCUAAUAAUUCUGCACUCCCUGUAUAAUAAGGGUGGGUGCAUUUACUAUGAAAUAGGUGAAUUACAGUUGGACAGACAUGUAGCGCAAAUGCCAGGUUUUGUUUACAUUUUGUUUCGUUCACAACGUGUACAUUUGGCUCCGUCCUUAAGGGGUUAAACAAUGUCAUUAUUUGCAUUGUGUGCCCUGGUUGUGCCUGGACUGAAACUGGGCUGCAUUAUGAUGUCACUUACUAAAUCUUUAAUAUACAUUUUAAAAGAAAACCGAGCAUAUCAUGGAAGAAGUAUGUGACAUUUUAUUCAUUUUAACAUGGAGCAGUUAUUUUAACUGUUCCCAAUACCCCUCUUCUCCUGUAUUUCAUUCUUCUUUUUGGCCCAAUUUUCAUAUUACAUUAGUGAUCCGACAUAUCCAUUGCCUAUUUAUUUAUUGCUUUUUCAUUGCUCUGUGUGUGGCUUAUGAAUGUUCGUUAAAAAAUAUCAACUGUGACAGAGAAUAUAGACUAUAAAUCCGAAUUAGUUAACACUGGAAUUCCAGCUGUCAUUGUUUACACUUCCCUUCCCAGAUGUGUGAAAUUAUCCAUAAGUAAGGAAUAUAACCAGCCUUGUUUGUAUUCAAAGUAUCCAUGUUUUAAAGCAGUUGAAAUGUUUUGGUGUAGCUGAAAAUGCAUAGUUUUAAAAUGAUGGUGUUUACAGAAAAUAAACGUUGAAAUAUAAAAUAUUCAAUAAACCAAUAUAUAUUUGGAUGAAUAUUAAUUAAACUUCAAAAUGUAGACUAGGAUUUGUAGUUAUUUUUUUCAAUUCAGCCUCGCAAAUUUGCAUUUUUUUUCCUCUCAAAUAUAUAUAGAAAUUGUAUUUAUUUUGUCAAGUUUGACAUUUCGUUCUCAAGCUACAACAGUCCACUGUUUAAUGAAUAAAAACUGUUGUAUUUUUGUCCCCAGACACCGCAAAAACUUUCCUACUGAUUUGUGGCGUGUGUUCAGUCCUUAACUAGUGUAUUUCAGCCACAACGCUAAAAAUACAAGAAAUUAUUUAUUUAUUUUCUUGUGACAAUAUCCAGUAUUAAAUUUUCCUUUAUGAAGGCAAUAGUGAAACCACUUAAUCUGCUGAAUUUGGAGCAUUUAAUGGAAUGUUCGUAUUGAUUGGCCCACUUUUUGCCUUUUGCUCAAUAAUUGUAUUUAUUUUUCAUUGAUAAAUACUGCCUAAGGUAUUCGUUGCUCAUUAGCACAAGUGAGUCAUUUUCACUAUAUGCAAGAUAUUUUGAAUGUGCAAGGUUUGACUUGUAGAAAUAAAAUUGCUUAGCCCACAUUAUUAGAGAUUAUUUAAUUUUAUAUGAGCCCAUAAUAUUGGCCAAUUGCAAGACUUAAAUUGCAUCACCCUAGUUAGUUUAGUCAAUAGUUCAAUGCAUUCAUAACUGAUGUAUUCUGCAAUACCAGUGCAAACCAUACCAAGUAGUUGGUCUGCCGAGAUAACCGCUUAUAUCAACGUAAUGUGACUUAAUGUGAUUUCACUAUGUGAGGAACUGAUGUAGAAUGCAAGGGAAGUUGUGGGGUUUAUUUACUAAGUAAAUACUAAUUCUGGUAAGUUAAAAACAAAAUUCACCUUGUAACCCCAUUAAAGGGACACUAUAGUCACCAAUACAACUACAGCUUAAUGUAGUUGUUCUGGUAUCUAUAGCCUUUCCAUGCAGACGUUUUAAUGUAAACACUACGCUUUCAGACAAAAGGCUGUGUAUACAUUACAGCCUAGGAACACAAGGCCACUAGAGGUGCUUCCUGGGGCCAUGCUGCACAGUGUGCAGCACUGGCGUUUAUCAUCUCCACCCUCUGCAUGGAGACACUGAAAUUUCCCUGUAGAGAUGCAUUGAUUCAAUGCAUCUCUAGGAGGAGGUGCCGAUUGGCCAGGGAAGUGUUUUUCCGCACAUGGGCAAUAGCCUCCCAAUGCUUUCCACUGGGAAAGCAUUGGAUUGACUAAGAUGGUAAAAUCUGAUGCUCUCAGCCAUGGAGGCAGGGCGAGACUGGCACGGCACUGGAAAAAGGUGAAUUUAAUCAUCUUUUUCAGGUAAAGAGAGGGGGCUUGGGACCUAAAUAGUUAUUUUACCACAAUAGUGUCAGGAAUACAUGGGUUUGUUCCACAGUUAGUUAAGGGUAUUUCUUUAAGUGCCCCAUCACAUAUAUAUAUUUUUUUAAAGGACAGAAAGGACUUUUAUUUAUUGUCGUAGACCUAUAUGUAUACCUAAUACAAUAUUAAAUGUGGAUAAUAUGUAAUGUGCAAUUAAAACAACCAAACCACAAAUCUAAUUUUUGGUAGUUUUUGUCAAACCUAUAUUAGCCUCCCCUCUCCCCCCCAUGCUAUACCAGCCCCCUCCCCCCAUGCUAUACUAUCCCUACCAGUAACCCAAUGCUUAACUCUAACUGUACUUCCCUUAACCCUACAAUGUCCCUAAUCCAUUUGGUUGUGAUUUCUGAAUUACGUAUACAUCUGUAUAACGUUUUGGGGUAGGGUUUGGGUUAGUGUUUGCGUAGGGUAAGGGUUAAUGUUGUUUUAGGAUUAGGGACUAACACUAACCCUAACCCUAGGCCUACCCUUAUCGGGAAGGGUUUAAAUAGACAAAAACUCCAAUUCAACUACUUUUGGAGUUUGAAUUACAAUAUACUACUCCAUACACAGUCAAUGAAUCCCCAUGUGCAAUGCAGGAGGUAAGUAGCCAAAACGUUAUACAGAGGUGUUAGUAAUUCAGAAAUCACAACCAAAAAUGUCCCACAUUUUAUUUGUUUUAUUUGAAAAACUCUAACUAGUGUUUGCAAUGGGGAGCAAGUCAGUCAAAUUUAUGCUGGCAAUAGAAUUGCUAGGAUUUGUACUCUGCAUAUGGACUUAUUUGUAUUCUGUUUGCAUUAGGUAUUUUUGGUGACACGAGACGUGGAACGGAAAUGCAUGGUGCUCUGGGUGCGUUACACAAUGCAAGAUAAGACGGCAGAUGUUCUGCGAUACAACAUCAAGGAAGAGAAAACAAGUAAAUUCACUCUUAUGCCAUUUCCAUAGUAAGCAAUAAAGCAUAGACAACUUGUUUAGGUUACCGUUACUGUAGAAAUCUGUUUGAAUAAUAAGAACAUAUAAUCUAUCAUAUAUUUAGGGGGCAACAGGGGAGUGGAGGUCGGGGCUUUUUAGAUUGCUUAAAAUGUUAUUAGAUCACUAGCGAACUACAGCUCCUAUGUUACAUAGUUACAUAGCUGAAAAGAGACCGCUGUCCAUCAAGUUCAGCCUUCCUCACAUUUGUUUUUUGCUGUUGAUCCAAAAGAAGGCAAAAAAAAAACCCAGUUUGAAGCACUUCCAAUUUUGCAACAAGCUAGGAAAAAAAUUAAUUAUUGACCCCAGAAUGGCAAUCAGAUUAAUCCUUGGAUCAAGCAGUUAUUACCCUACAUUGAAAGAUUAUAUCCUUGAAUAUUCUGUUUUUCCAAGUAUGCAUCUAGUAGCUGUUUGAACAUCUGUAUGGACUCUGAUAAAGCCACUUCUUCAGGCAGAGAAUUCCACAUCCUGAUUGUUCUUACAGUAAAAAAACCUUUCCUUUGCCUUAGACGAACUCUUCUUUCUUCCAGUCUAAACGCAUGACCUUGUGUCCUAUUUAAAGUCCGGUUUGUCAAUAGAUGGUUUGUUUUGGCCCCGGAUAUAUUUGUAUAAUGUUAUCAUAUCCCCUCUCAGGCGACAUUUUUCUAAACUAAAGAGGUCCUUUUUGUGUGUUGUUAUCCCUAAUUCGCUUCCAUUAAGGGUAUACGUUGCUUGUGCAUUCUUUACGCCCAAGUGCAUAACUUUGCGUUUUUCAACAUUAAAUUUUAUCUGCCAUUUGAGUGCCCAGUCCCCCAGUCUAUCUAAAUCUCUCUGCAGCAAAGUAAUAUCUUGCUCAUAUUCUAUUACUUUAUAGAGUUUUGUGUCAUCUGCAAACGCUGAAACAUGACUUUCAAUGCUUUUUUUCAAGAUCAUUUAUAAACAUAUUAUAUAGAAGGGGUCCCAGAACAGACCCCUGAGGGACACCACUUACCACCUAUGUCUAGCUUGAAAAUUUACCAUUAAUGACAACUCUUUGUACUCUAUUUUUAAGCCAAUGUUCUACCCAAGAACAAGCAUUUUCAUCUUGACUGAUUUCUUUGCGUUUCAACACUAAUAUAUUGCGUGGAACUGUAUAAAACGCCUUGGCAAAAUCCAAAUAGAUCACAUCCACGGCAACACCCUGAUCUAUAUUUCUACUUACCUCUUCGUAGAACGCAAUCAAGUUAGUUUGACAUGACCUGUGCUUCAUAAAACCGUGCUGAUUUUUGCUGAUAACAUGUCCUUCUCGAGAAAUUCUUGAAUAUUAUCCCUUAAUAACCUUUCAAAUACUUUUCCAGCCACAGAGGUUACACAUUAUCCUCUGUAAGGCUGGCAAAGGCAAAGCAUCAUGAUAGAUGUAGUUCUGCAACAGUUAGGAUUCUGGCCACACCUGUUUUGACCGCUAAUCUGGAGAGCCCCAGGCUAGAUUUACUCACCUGUCAUCUUAACGUUAUGCUUUUGAGUAUUUCUCAAAGUGAACUCAGCUGCAAAACUUGAGACAUGGGAAAUUUAACUUGACAAAAUGCCACAGGAACUCAAUCCUGCCGAGUUUGAAAUGGAGACAACAAAGGGACAAUCUAGUCACCAAAACAAUUGUAGCUUAAUAAAGCAGUUUUGGUAUAUAGAUACAGUCUCACUACUCAAUUCUCUGCUAUUUUGGAGUUACUACGCUUUGUUUAUGCAGCCCUAGUCAUACCUCCCUGCAUGUGACUUGCACAGCCUUCCAAAACACUUCCUGUAGAGAGUCAUCUAAUGUUUACACUUCUUUUAUUGCAAAUUCUGUUAGAAUAUCUUACCUUCUGCUCUGUUAAUAGCUAGCUUGACACGGCAUGAGCAUCCUGUAUAUAAUUAAAGUUCAAUUUGCAGAGCAGGAUGUAAAAACUUUUAAAUUAAGUUACAUCUGCUUAAAAAUUAAACCAUUUUGUUUUGAUGCAGGCUGUGUCAGUCACAGUCAGGGGAGGUGUGGCUAGGGCUUCAUAAGCAGAAACAAAAGUGAUUUAACUCCUAAAUGUCAGAGAAUUAAGCAGUGAGACUUUAGGGGCAUGAUCUAACACUGCUUUAUUAAGCUAAAGUUGUUUUGGUGACUGUGAUGUCUCUUUAAGAUUCAGUUUAACAUGACAAAACUUUGAUAUUGGGUAAUUUGCUGCAAAGUUUAUUUGAAAACCAAAGUGCCUGCAGACGUUACCAGGGUCUUUGUAAAAUUAUAUAUAUAUGUAUAAAAAAAAAAAAAAAAUAGAAUUUGUGUCACUUUUCCACCUGGCUAGGUCAUUGGCCGGUUGACUCUUGUACUCUGAAAAACACACUGAGACCAUGGAGUUCUCGUUUUAAUCUUUUUAUGGUUAAAUGUAUUACUCUGGAUCAGAUUUGGUGACUGGUUUUCCUGAGAUCUGCCUAAACUGUAAUUGUCUAGCACAAGCAUGUCAAACUCAAAGUCUAGCACGGCCACGUAAACAAAACUUAAGUUUAUGUGGGCCGCUAAAAAAAAGAACUGUUGCAGUGUAAGCAUGCAGAAGCCAAACACAGAAAUAUUGGACACAGGUCUUCAGGAAGUAACAGGCCUUUAUUCACAUUACCGAUCGGGUCUCAGAUGAACUCCUGUUCCAACAUUCUGAGAGACAUAUACUUGUGGCUUGGGACUUUUGUUAACUGCAUAUCUCCUCCCAUACAGUAUAACCCCUCCUAUAUUCCUCAGACCAAUCAAUGAGCAGAAUAUAGACUUGUACAUCUAGUCAAACCACAUGGCUCAUCCAAGACAAAGGAAAUAAGUGCAAUUUCAGUUCCUGCAUUCCUGCACAUGCUCAGUACACUGAUGACAGUAUCCUAGCUACAUGUAGCUAACCAACUGACACAACAUACACAUAUGCCACAUGGAGAUUUUGGCCUACUAAAUUUUAACCAUGCUGGAAUCCCAUCACAUUCCCCCCUUUGAUGCCUCUGAUAUAACAUUAUUCCAGAUGCAUCACCAAUCACAGUUUUACCUACAUCUCUCAAGUAGCCAUUGAACCAGAGUAGACCUUGUAAGCAUCUUAAAAACUCCUUCAACAUUCUUCAUCCUGAAUAUAUUCUCUUCGGGCUAGGGGAUCAUAUCUUCCAGACAGCCAUUACAUGAGCCGCUGUCUUUCUCUCUAUAGUACUCUCUAUAAUACUACGUAGGGACCUUACCACUAGUGGAAUUAGACAGGGCAGGAGGAGGCACAAAAAAUAUAAUAAAUUCUACUCCUCCUACUAAUGUCUUAAUUCCUCCAAGCUGCUCAUACCAACUUCCAAACCAACUACUUAGGUUAUACCCAUUCCAGACCUGAGUAGGUACAUGCUCAAAUUUAACCAUGUGGCUUGUAAGUUCAGCCACUGCCUGCCCUUCAUCAUCUAUGUGCAGACAACAGUUACUUAGAUUAAACUUUCCGCAUACACCUCCUUCUACUGCUAGUAAGUAAUCAAGGGCUAGCCUAUUCUGGUAUAUGGCUGAUCACAUCUUGGUAUUUUGCUUAGCUAGAAGAUUAAGCACUUGAGCUGUCUCAUUAGUAAUAAUCUCAACUACCACCUGUAGUCUAAUAAUGCGGUUGAGCAUAGAUAAUCGGAGUUCUAUAUCCAUAAGUGCCAUCUUCUGCCCAAGUAGCAGGUCCAUAAUAAUUAAUAAUACGUUGAGGGGGCCACUCAUUAUCUUCCCAGCUACCUAUAUUCAAGGAUGCUCUCUCCCUUUUAUGAUUUACAUCGUAAACCUUAACUCCCAAGGUCUCUCCUGUUUCGAUUGGCAACAAGAAGAAGGAUGGCUUUGGCAUACCUAAUACACAUGCCCCUUCCCAAUCUUGUGGUAACUCCGAAUAAGUUUUCUUACCACAAAUCCAGUAUAAAUUUGCUGGGGCUUUCCAACUAGAUGUAGCCGAUAAGUCAAACCAUACCUCCUUUAAAUGAGUGUAAUUGGCAAACGGAUUAGUAGGUUCCGAGACAUUUGAAGCUGACCACCAAAUAGUAUUUUUAGUAUUAACAUUAUAGGCUUUUUGUCCCAAGCACGUUAGCUCACCUACAGACGUGUUAUACAUUGUCCCUUUCCUGGCUAUCCAAACAUGACCUAUAAUGGAGGUUUUUAACCACCAUUCCAAUUUACUUCUAGUACUUACUUGAUGAUCAGACUGGAAAGGUAUCUGUUGUUCAUAUGUCUCAGAGCCAGGGUACCAUAUUUCCUUUGCCUCCCAAGGCCACUGGUCUCCCAUAUUAGUACCUCCACACACAUAGCAAUUAGUUACAUUAAGACUACCUGCAAUACCCUCAGCCAAAUCAAUAAAUAGGUUGUUAACAUUAUGGGGAAUUUUAUCCUCAGUACUCAUCUCCUCAUAGAAGGAAUGAGAAACCUGAUGAGUUUGAGUUGCCACUGUCUCAGUUUCAAGACCUACAUAUAUUAUUGUUCCUGAAUCUACUCCUGUGCCAUAUAUUUGAAACCCAAACAGACCUCCAAGCCUGUCAAUAAAGUACUGCAGAUUGGAAAUGGUCAUGUGAACGGGGUUACACACAUAGUUUUACAGUAUGGUGUGGUAGGCAACCUUUGGAUAAUCAUAUCUUGAUCCACUGUUUUUCCCAGGUUGCCCAACCUACACAUGACAAAUAGGGGCAGAAGUUAGUCUCUAUUUGGGCAAUCAGGAUCAGUAGAUCUUUUACUGGGACAUAAGUAUUUAUCAUUAAACCCAUAAGUUCGUUCCCAUUUAAGAUUACCACAUACAUUCCAAAGUCUUCCACUACCCGAAAUCGCCUUACAUGCAUCAAAUAGUAGAAUACCCGUGGAAUGUAUGGUGCUUAUCACAGUCCUAUUUAUUAAUGUCCCCUGGGAGUUACUAUUCCGAAUUACCAACCAAAUUGUACGGGGUUGGAAAUGGGGAUCAAAACAUUUAGACUCUCCUGAUAUUGGCUUGCACACACUAUAAUCAAUAUCCAAAUAUCUACAUCUAGAUAGAGAUCCCUUACAUUCAUACUGUGAGUGCCAGAUGAGAGUUUGGGAUAUUUGGUUACCUGUUUUAGUAGUCUUAAUGCAACUAUCGCAAUUCGGUAUGUCUGUACUCCUACCUUCCUGAAAAAUCAUAAAAAUACUAAGACACAAUAAAACACAUUAUUCCUGAAAUCCUCAUUUUUCUUCGACCGUGCGAUGGCCUCUCAGCUUCCCGAUUGUGAGGGCUGCAAGGAUGUUGUUCUUCUGAUCCUCACUUUCCUUCACAGAGAUCCCUUCAAGAUACUCUGGCUAUGACACGUAGGCAGGUGGUCAGGCUUUAUUAUGGCCGUCAAAACACCUACUUGAUGAUCUUUGUAGACUUUUAACUAGAAUGUCUCGAUAUCCCCUCGUCACUCCGACUGAGUUGCACGCUUCAACCGGGUCCUGCAAGGAUUCUCAGGAUCUGGAGUAGUUUGCCAAGAGUCUGCUGCUGGUUUAACCUUAGAAUGAUGAAUCCAAGGAGUCACUUCCGCCACCUUUACAGCUGUUGGGGUAGAUAAAAGAACAACAUACAAAGGCUAACAGGAUACACCCCGAGCUUUAACUCAAUAUGUAUUGGUGGGAUAUUACGAGCAAGUCCUGGAGGAUUAUUUUCUUCCCAUACUCCUGGAAUGUCAAAUAAGGAUUCAUCACUCUUAGGGUUAACACUUGUCACUAUGGAAUAGAAGCGUCAUUCUUCUUCCCUUGGCACCGAUAUCACCAUUAUGCCUGGUAAUCCCUUAAACUUCAGAGAUGUUAAUCCAUUAGGUAAAAGGUUAUCUGAGCUUAAAGCUUCGAUAAUAGAUCUCGUCCUAAAAGUUGAAUCGGACACUCUGGCAUAUAUAGGAACUAAUGCUUCACCACAUGGCCUCCCAGAAUACAAGUGCGACUCUUAAGAACCGGUCUAGCUGCACUUCUCCCAGUAGCUCCUAUCACAGUUAUAGUCUUCCCCGAAGGCGGAGCCACCAUCUUAGUCACCACAGAAUGUUCAGCACCUGUGUCGAUCAUGAAAGAACUUCUCUUUCCCCCUAUUGCUACAUCGACCAUAGGCUCCGCUCGACCAAGUGGGAUGGAGCCCAGUCGGUAUCAAUAGUCUUCCAUGAUAGUGUCAGCCAGACCCACAAAAUCUCUAUCCUCUCUUUCUCUAGGUCUCUGCGUGGGUGGAUAGUAUCUGUCUCCUUGAACACUUCCUCUACUAUUCCCACCAUUCCCUCUAAAACUUCCUCUUACUCUAUAACUACCACUAUAACCUCCUCAUACCCUUCUCUCUCCUUGUCUAUCACCUUCAUACUGCUCUCUCUGUGGACACUCACUCUUCCAAUGUCCCUCCUUUCUACAAUACGCACAUUAAUUCCUACUUAAAGUCCCUUGCUCAGCCUAUUCUCGUCUCCUCUAUUCACUUCCCUGUCUUUCUACACUUAAGAUAGCUACCGCUAGCAUAUCUGCCUUUUUCCUCAUUUUACGUUCUUCCUCCAUCUCCCUAUUCAUAUAUACUGUAUUUGCAAUCUCCAUUAGCUGUAUUAUGGACAUCCCUGCAAAUCCCUCUAAUUUCUGUAAUUUCCUUUUACUAUCACCUUGGGCCUGGCUGACAAAUGCUGAGUCUAUCAUUCGGAAGUUUUCAGGGGCCUCUGGAUUAAAGGGAGUAUACAACCUAUUUGACUCAAGCAGUGUCUAAUAUGGGACUUCGGCAAGGCUGCCCAAUAAUAGGUUCCAGUCUAGGAGUAGUAAGAUAGGUGUAAGGGGGUGAGCUAAUUUUAUUAGUCAGCAUUUGGUGGAUGAAAAAACGUUUUUUUUUUAAAGUGUUAAACCAAAAACCUACCAGUAGGUGUCACCAGAGGGUAAUUGUAUCAAAAUAAUCUUUAUGGGUCUAAUAAGAAAACUCAACUUUUAAUAUAUUUAUACAUAAAAUAAAACCUUAUAGCAAUAAAUAUAUUAAAAUAGGGUAAGCAAUCCUACAUCUAUCUGUUAUAAACAAUGUAAUAUCAAUGUAACUCCCGAAGAUGGCCAGUAGGUGGCUUAGAGUGCCUCCCUAAAGUCAAAUGAAACAAAUAGACUUUAAUUAAUUAUGUCCUAUUUUAUUAUUACUUAUUUUAAUCAAUGUCCACCCUGCUAGCUAGGCUUGAUUAAAUCUUUAGUUCUAAGGUAAAUUAAACAUUUCAGUUUGUAGUUUAGUAAAAGGGGACAUUUUGGACAAAGCUGGGAGGGGCCCAUCCAGUAACUAAAAAAACCAAUAUACCAUCUGAUACCAUUGAUCAUUGAUUAGGGGGAGGGGUAGUACAGAAAUACAAGAGUUUGAAACACAGGAACAGAUAGGUAUGUGGGUAGGCGGGGACAGUAGAGCAGGGGGAGUGCAAAUACUGACUAUAUACCAGUUUUGGGAGUAAGAAAUGGGCGUGGCUACUCUGGCUCUGGAGGAUGUUUGGGGGUUGGUAAUCAGAUGCCAGGGGGGGAGGGGAUGUCCAAAGCAGUUGUAAUUAAGUCCUUAGUUCUGACCACCAUAUGGCUACAUUGUUUCCCAUAUAACACAGUUUAAUUCACCAAGGCAAUUUUCAACAAUCAGUUUCCAACAGUCAAUAUAUAGAAACUGAUCAUAGAAUUCCAGCCUACUAGUUACAGCCACAUGUACACCCUGCACUAAAUUUAAGUGAAGACUGCUACAUGGAGGCCAUGCGGCCACCAGGACAAGCUACUCCCUACUUUUUUUUUUUUUUUAAACAUACAAGACAAAAGACUAACAGCCAAGUGAAUCAGAUUAUUUCAACAGAACGUCUGAUUCAAAAAGCUGUACAAAUAUACACACAGUUUCAACAGUCACACCAAUCUCCUUAUCACCAGCAACACAUUGCGCAGUCACUAGGCCCAAACACACACACAGGAUCCUCACAUGCUCAACAAUAUCACGACGUCGCACACACAAAAUUAAAUCAAAAAAACCCACCAAAGACUAUACACUUAUCAAUGUAACUAUUAUUCAAACCAUACAACUAUCCACGCUAUUAAUCCAUAUAAACUAACCGAUCACAUAACAUUUCAACAAAUUUCAUCUCUACAAUUAUCCGUACUAUAAAUCAACUUUUGACUAACCAACUAUAUCACAUUCUAGUAACCUCAUCUUUACAGUCAGUGGUUAUGGUACAGUUAGUAAGUGGUUAUAAUACAGUUUUAAAGUCACAGAUCAGUUAGUAACAGUUAUGGCAUUAUACAUAUAACAUAAAACAGCAAUUGUUAGUAAUUUUUACACAAUGUCAGUGGUUAUGGUACAUGUCAGUAGUUAUGGUACCGUGCGCUAUUUUACAGUUAUACACACAAUUUACACUCCCACUAGACAGCAGAGCUCUAACUUUCUAGUAGGACAUACAAGUUAACCAAUUCACCAACUACAAUAUAUUUAACAACAUUUACAAUAAUCCCAACUAUUCUAACUGGCCAGCACCUCGAGAGCUUUCGAUCUAUUUAUACACCAGAGAUUCGAUAAGUUCUUCGCUGCCCAGACACCACGUAUAGCGAACUAGAGGGCAGAAUUUACACAGUACCCAGCUAGUCUAUUAAACUAUCAAUAAGCUAGUGGCUGGAUUUACAACAGAGCACACUUAGUUAAGAUAGGGUGAAAUCUAGCAAACUAUAAUAUACAACAGAGUAUGCUAGUCUCCCGGUCCCCCCGACCUAGCGAACAAAAUUUACACCCUAGAUACGCUAGUCAAGACAGGACACCGGUGUCCGACAUGAGCUAUUUACACCACAACUCAGUCUGACCCAAACCACCUAUAUUAGACGGGCUGACUACAGAGCGUCUAAUUUCCAGAUAAGUGUUGCGCUUUCACUUCUUCCUUCUAUUGAAGGGGCCAAUACCAAUAACCGGUUCCAAAUAUAAAACCCCUUGUGGGUCUACCGCUCUAACGGUAUCAAUCUCACCUGUUAAUUACUGAACCUGGGUUCACUCAUAGACGGAACAAUCCGGGACUCACUGCGCAGAAGCCGAUGAUCUCCUGGACAAAAGGCCAGUGGCGCCGAGACGAAAGGAGGUCCACGCAGUAGAAGUCCAGGAUUGUAGCGUAGAAGGUUUGGUAAAAGUUUACCGUCUCAAAUCUCUGUGCCAGCUUCCGUGCGAUGAGGUUCCCGGCCCAAUUGCACCAGAAAUGUUGCAGUGUAAGCAUGCAGAAGCCAAACACAGAAAUAUUGGACACAGGUCUUCAGGAAGUAACAGGCCUUUAUUCACAUUACCGAUCGGGUCUCAGAUGAACUCCUGUUCCAACAUUCUGAGAGACAUAUACUUGUGGCUUGGGACUUUUGUUAACUGCAUAUCUCCUCCCAUACAGUAUACCCCCCUAUAUCCUCAGACCAAUCAAUGAGCAGAAUAUAGACUUGUACAUCUAGUCAAACCACAUGGCUCAUCCAAGACAAAGGAAAUAAGUGCAAUUUCAGUUCCUGCAUUCCUGCACAUGCUCAGUACACUGAUGACAGUAUCCUAGCUACAUGUAGCUAACCAACUGACACAACAUACACAUAUGCCACAUGGAGAUUUUGGCCUACUAAAUUUUAACCAUGCUGGAAUCCCAUCACAGAACUACUUAAAUUUUCAUAGAAACGUAGGUUUAUUUUUAUACUGCACCCCCCUCUACUAAAUCCUAGUCCCCCCCCCUCUACUAAAUCCCAGCACCCUCUGUACUAAAUCCCUGCACCCCCUCUAGCCAACAAGCAGACUCCACUUACAUUGCCGCUGCCAGUAUGCGACUCCGGAGUACGGCCUCUGGUAUUCCCCAAAAGGCACCGUCUGCACCCUGUGCCAAUGCCUAUCCUCACGCUACUUCUUGAAACCCUGUGAAGGUAGAGCACGUCGACUUCACGUUGGAAUGUGACGUGGCGUGUCUCCGUGCACCUCCAGGUACUCCACUGUCCAGCCACGGCCAUCAAAACACUGACCGACACACACUUUCUGACAGACACACACAUUCACUGACAGACAUACAGACACACACAUUCACAGACAGACAGACACACACACAGACACACACACAUUUACUCACAUCAUUCCCUGGGGUCCAGUGGAAUCUUCUAUCUGGAGCUCAGUAUUCCUGUUCCCUCGCGUGCAGUUUAGUGAUGCUGGGUGCCGGAAUAUGACGUCAUAUUCCGGCUCCCAGCAUCACUACAGAUGGCGCGAGGGAGCAGUGAGGAUAAGGAACACUGAGCUCCCUCGCCGGUGUCUGCUUCCUCUCCUCCGGCCCGGUAAAUGAUAGCAGAGUAGGCACCUGCAAUGCGGGGCGAGCAGGUGCCUGCUCUGCAUUUACACUAGGCAUGUACUCGUGGCUCCCCGGGCCGCAAGGAGGUCCAUUGUGGGCCGCGAGUUUGACAUGCUUGGUCUAGCAUUUAUGCAAUUAUUUAAUACUAGAUUAACACAAGUCUGGGGUGGGAUCACACUUCUUAUCACUCACAGAACUGAAUCUAGGACACAGUGCAUUCACUCAAUUUCCACUACUUGUCCUGCAUCCUGUGCAUCGCAGUGACAUUGAUUCACUAAACACAGAUAAGGGAAUUGCAAGGCCAAAAUGGUUAAAUUGGAAACUCAGUAUGGUGGUUCUCUUUCCAGCGUAACCAUUUUAGCCUUUAGCCUUAAAGAUAAGCAAUAGGAUUAUUUUUAAAUGUUUUGUUUUUAGAAAAAUACUUUUUCGGGGCUUUCCUCAGGUGUGUGUGUGUGUGUACACACACACACACACACACACUCUGGUGGUCAGUUCAUCCUGAGGAAAGCCCCGAACGAGGGCUGAAACGUUGAUGUGAUUUUAUGGAUUAAUUCCCAAUAAAGAAGUUUCUAUUUUCUUCAAAAGACCGUGAGUGCAAGCCUUCUUUCCAUUGUAUAUUAUUUUUGGCUAUAUGCACCUGGCUCCCACAUUGGAGGGUUGGUCUGAGUGCAAGGACACAGGCUAUUUAUUUACACCAGUCAAGCCAAAGAAAUCUCACUUUAAUAGUGCUAGUACUACUGCAAGGGAUUCUGGGUAGGCAUAUGCAAAUGAGCUCAACAAAGAACCACUUUUUUGCCUCAUAAUUCCACUUUACACAUGGAUUCCUUGGAGUAUGUGUCUGCUGUAUACCACAGCUUUGAAACACAACUCAGGAAGAUUGCCAACAAGAGUUUUGCCACCAAGUACUAAGUCGAAAGGGUCAAAUACUUCUUUCAUUCAAUGACAUGCAAAUCAAUUUAUACCUUUUUUGACGUGUAUUUUUCUGGAUUUUUUUGGUUAUUCUGUCUCUCACUGUUAAAAUACACCUACCAUUAAAAUUAUAGACUGAUCAUUUCUUUUUCAGUGGGCAAACUUUCAAAAUCAGCAGGGGAUCAAAUACUUUUUCCCUCCGUGUAUAUCUCGAAGUGACUGCCAGCAGAUAAAAGCAGGUCCUUAAUCACCAGAAAGAGACUUCACUGAUCAUGAGCCUCCCUUCCUGGUCUGUGAAGUUUGAUGUUAUCCUAUAUACACUUGUCCAGGAAAUUCCAAUUAUCACAAAGGAUGAGUGGAACUGUUUUCAGCAUGCAGUGAUUUCCUGAGUUGCAGACCACGAUGGCAUACAUGUUGGCACUCUCUCUGAAAGUGAGAGACAGAGAUCAGUCCUAAUUGAGCACACAAUGCACACAGCAUUGACAUAGCAAAGGAGGAAAUCAAAACUUGCUCGCUGUGUCUGCGAUGAUGGAUUUGACAUACUCCUGGUACCAGUAACUUGUGCACUAAUACAAAGUUGUUAGGUAGAAUUGGCAACAAUUUGCAGUAUACAAUAUAAUCCCGUUGGUGCACAACAUAUUGCCCAAAGUAAGCACAUUUAAAUAAUAGUUUUAUUUAUUUUGAGAAAAAAAAAGUAUUUUUGAUGUAGAAAGAUACAUUUAUAUUGCCACUACAUCCGGAUUGACACAUGGGAUAGUAAAGUGAGAUGUCACAGCCUCAGAAGAGGCACAGUGAUAACACCCAAUGGAAAAGUAAAAUGAACAAGGUUCCCAGGAUCCACUGCUAACUGGGCCCACAGCAAAAUGCUCCUCCUACCUGAGAAUCCAGAGUUACAGCUCACAUCGUAUGACUUUUCCUAUGAUGUUCAAUUAGCAUAAUAGAUACUGUAAGGAUGCACAUGACGGGGGCCGGACAUCCCUCAUGUCCAUUGUCGUUUCACACUCCUGUCCCCCUCUGUCACUCCAUCUGUCUCCUUAUUGUCAUUUUACCCUACACUAUUAUAUUAUCCUUUUUCCUCUGAUUUUGUAUAAGAUUAGGCAGAAAGAGGCUAAGCGAUUUAUAAGAGCAUCCAAAUGACACAUAGAAGAGAAAAUAGCACAGUCAGGAAAAAAAAGGGGACAAAACAUGUUUUAGAUGCAUAAAUGAGAAAAGGAAAGUAAAACAUGGAUUAGUUAGAUUAAAAACAAAAGUAGGAAGAUAUGUAGAAGAGGAUAAAGGUCUAGCUGAAUGCAUCAAUGAAUAUUUUUGUUCAGUAUUUACAAUUGAAAAUGAAGGAAAUGGACCUCAGUUAGGAAAAAGGACAAAUUAGUCAUUUGUUACAUGUGAGUUUACAGAGGAAGAGGUUCCAUUUCAACUGUCAAAAGUAAAGACAAAUAAGUCAAUGGGACCUGAUGGAAUACACCCAAAGUUAUUAAAAGAGCUUAGUGGUGUACUGUAAAAAACAUUAACAGAUUUAUUUAACCAAUCAUUGUUAACAGGAGUAGUCCCAGAAGAUUGGAAGCUAGUGAAUGUUGUGCCCAUUCACAAGAAAUGAUAGUAGGGAGGAGUCGGGCAACUAUAGGCCAGUAAGCCUUACUUCAGUAGUGGGGAAAGUAAUGUAAACCAUGUUAAAGAAUAGGAUUGUUGAGCAUCUAAAAUCACAUGGAUUUCAAGAUCAGAGACAACAUGGGUUUACUUCAGGGAGAUCAUGCCAAACUAAUCUUAUUGAUUUUUUUGAUUGGGUAACUAAAAUAAUAGAUCAGGGUGGUGCAGUAGACAUUGCUUACCUAGAUUUCAGUAAGGCUUUUGAACUGUUGCACAUAGAAGGCUUAUCAAUAAACUGCAAUCUUUAAGUUUGGAUUCCAAUAUUGUUGAAUGGGUAAGGCAGUCGCUGAGUGAUAGGCAACAGAGGGUUGUAGUCAGUGGAGUAUAUUCAAAGCUUGGGCUUGUCACCAGUGGGGUACCUCAGGGAUACUUGGAUCCAUUCUCUUUAAUAUUUUUAUUAGUAAUAUUGCAGAAGGGCUUGAUGGUAAGGUAUGUCUUUUUGCUGAUGAUACUAAGAUAUGUAACAGGGUUGAUGUUCCAGGAGGGAUAAGCCAAAUGGCAAAUGAUUUAGGUAAACUAGAAAAAAUGGUCAGAAUUGUGGCAACUGACAUUUAAUGUGGAUAAGUGCAAGAUAAUGCAUCUUGGACGUAAAAACCCAAGGGCAGAGUACAGAAUAUAGGAUACAGUCCUAACCUCGACAUCUGAGGAAAGGGAUUUAGGGGUGAUUAUUUCUGAUAUAAUAGAGCAGCAGGGAAUGCUAGCAACAUUUUGGGAUGUAUAGGGAGAGGUAUUAACAGUAGAAAGAGGGAAGUGCUCAUGCCAUUUUACAGAACACUGGUGAGACCUCACUUGGAGUAUUGUACGCAGUACUGAGAACCGUAUAUCCAGAAGGAUAUUGAUUGAGAGAGUUCAGUGAAGGACUACUAAACUAGUUCAUGGAUUGCAGGAUAAAACUUACAAGGAAAGGUUAAAAGAUCUUAACAUGUAUAGCUUGGAGGAAAGACGAGACGGGGGAUAUGAUAGAAACAUUUAAAUACAUAAAGGGAAUCGUCACAGUAAAUGAGAAGACCGUAGUUAAAAGAAGAAAAACUACCACAACAAGAGGACAGUCUUAAAUUAGAGGGACAGAGGUUUAACCCCUUAAGGACACAUGACGUGUGUGACAUGUCAUGAUUCCCUUUUAUUCCAGAAGUUUGGUCCUUAAGGGGUUAAAAAUAUCAGGAAGUAUUACUUUACUGAGAGUGUAGUGGAUGCGUGGAAUAGCCUUCCAGCUGAAGUGGUAGAGGUUAACACAGUAAAGGAGUUUAAGCAUGCGUGGGAUAGGCAUAUAAGAAAAGGCUAGGGACUAAUGAAAGUAUUAGAAAAUUGGGCAGACUAGAUGGGUAGAAUGGUUCUUAUCUGCCGUCACAUUCUACGUUAAUGUCUUCUCCCGCCUUCUCUCUUCCCCCUCAUUCAUCUUGCCCCGGUGGUCUAGUAAUGGCCAAUGGUUGUGUGUCUGCCUGCCGUACACCUUGUCAUGUAGUAAGAUGUGGCUGGGUGCUGGUACCUCUUUCCCAUUUGCCAUCAACGUUGUCCGUGCUACUUAAUCCACCACCAGCACACAGCAUCCGGUUCUAUCAGCAUGAAAUUAAAAACCAAUUCCAUUCUAUAAGAUUUAAUGUGUUACCGUCACUAUUCAGAUUAUAUUUUAUAAACUAAGCAAAUCGUAUAUCAACUUCCUUAGUUGGGUUCACAAGCUAGGUACACGCAAAUUUAGAAUUAAUCUUUUGAAUUUUGAAAUCAGAAAAAUAAAAUCAUUAAUUUUUUUUGUUUCCUGAUAGUGAUGCUGCUGCAGGGAUCGGUCUUGAUGUUUGAAGAAAUAUUCAAAUUAAUUGCAUUUUAUUGCGUGAGCAGGUGAGUGUCUCCCACAUCUUUGCAAUGCUAGCUUUGGUUGUUGGUUAAUGUGUGACUUGCUGUAAAUUAAUAAUGAAUUGGAAGUAAAUUUAGAAUUUUAGACAAAAAUAGCUGAAUUUGAUAAAUUCUCCAAUCCCAAGUUUAUGUACAGCAGAGGUGUUGCCUAGGUUACCUAGCACCCAAGGUGGAAGUCUGUUGGCACCUCCCUGUGACUGAUCUGUAGAAUUUUUGUUAUUGCUCUGACCUAAUUAUAACCCCUUUUUGCUGGGGGAAAUUACACGCACUUCAGGUGGAAAUAUAAUAAAAUUCCAGUUUUUUUUUUAAAAUUAUUUCUUUUUGUUUGUUUUUGUAUUUUGUUUUUAGCUGUGCUAUUUUAGUCUGUUUUGAAAGUCAUUUGCCAACUUCCCCUUCUUCUUUGGAAGCGGACAUCACACCCAUAGUGUGCCCUUCAGGGACGCCUUAACCAAUACAGUAUGGGCAUUCCCCUAAGCAGAAAUGAGUUUUAUAUUGAAUGGGCUCUUAAUUAUAUAUGUUUUGUUCUUUAGUAGAUUAGAGGAUAAUAAUUCUAAGUUACAAAGGAUAACUAAGAGCUUGAUGGUGCUCCUUCUCCUGCUCUCCCAAAAAUUCCACAAAGGGCUUUUAGGAAGGGCUCAGAAAAACAGAAUCCCCAAUGCUCUAAUCCUGCUGACAGUAAAUAUAAUUCACCAAAAACUGAAGGUUCUCCUGGGUCUUCAUUAAAAAGAAGAAAAAAAAUAAUUCACAACAUUUCAGUUUUAAUUAAAAUCCUUUUUAAGAUUCUGCUGAAAGUUGUUGUUUUUUUUAUUUAAAUUAAAUUGAAAUGUUGAUAAUAAAAAUAAAAUUUUUAUUUUCUGAAGACCCCCAGGAUUACUUUACAUUUUUGGUCAUAUAUAUGUACUGUAUAUUCUAUUAUAAUUUAUAUAUUUUUUAACUUACUACUGUAACGGGACCUGGGUAACCCGGCUGGUUACUCCCUUUUAGUAAUAAGAGGUGAGACCAAUUUCCCCAGUAACUGGACGGCACACAGUUCCAGGGUACAGCCUUUGACAAUCUUUAUUUGGGCACACAGCUUUUUAUGCACAGACCCCUGCAGGUUGUCUCCAUACAACACAACACAAUCCCAGGCAGAAGGACACACAUGAAUACACAUUACAUACAGGGAAGUGAACUUUGGGACUUGGCGCUCCGAGACAGGAAGGGGUACAGGGUUCAAACUUAUAUUGAUAAAUAGCCCCGAGUCUCACCUGGGAUCCCUGCAAAAAGCGGGGCGAUCGGAUGUAUAGAGCCAGAGAUAUCAGCAUCCAAAAGUCUGGGGCUUGAGGCUCUGUACAUCCCCGAAAUUAGUUCCAGGGAGUUGCUUGGUUUAGUCCAGCAAAUCGCGCCAACCCGCACUCGGGAGAGGAAGGAGUUUCGCCGCCCAAUCCAAUGAAAGGGCGCGAAACUUGAUUACGCCAAUCGGCUGAACAGUACGAAGCCAAUCAGCGCCCAGGGGUGACAGGGGCUUUGCCGGCCAAUCAGAUGAAAGGGUGCAAAACCCCGUUUGAACGGGCGCUCCUGCUCUGAUUGGUCGCCGACGUCCCUCAUCAACCAAUCAGCGCUCUCUCGUGCCGACCAACCAGGAGAAUGGCGCAAACCCAGUUUGAACGGGCGCUCCUGCUCUGAUUGGUCGCCGACGUCCCUCAUCAACCAAUCACCGCUCUCUCGUGCCGACCAACCAGGAGAAUGGCGCAAACCCAGUUUGAACGGGCACUCCCUCUCCCAUUGGUCAGCACGGACUUCCACGCCGCCAGCGGGGGCCUGCAGCACGUGUCCCUCUCUCCCCCACUUAGGUAUCCGCCAGAGAGAGCGUUCACCUGGGCAUCUACGAGCCUAACCUCGUAGCUCCGAGGUUUGAGUGUAAACAGUGAUCAUAGCUCCAUUAGGAGCAGGUAGGGGGUUUUCCGAACCAGGGAUCGAAGGCUGUGCGCGCACGCGGGCCAAUCAGGUGAAGCACACGCCGCUUUUUCCAUUGCGGUCUGCGGCUUUCACUCCUUGUUAGUGAGGUGUGAACAUUCUAAUUAAACAUUCUAAAUGGGGGUUAUCAGGGUGGUCCAGCGCCCCCCUGUGGUUAAAACGUAUUUUGCAGGGUUUAAGGUCAAAAUGACAGGGGAAAAUUACAAAGGGGGAACACAUAUUCCAGGAGGGCACAUUCACACAUAGAAAGGGCAAUUCACAGUUAGGCAGCGGUCCCGCCACAAUUACUAUUUAGAUUUUUUUUCCUAGUUGCGUCCUAAAUUGCAGGUAUUUCAAAGUCUUUUAAUUUUGGGCUAGUCUGUGCUGAACUUGUGUACAUUCUGAAAUGUUUAAAAAUAGACCAGACAUCAACACAUAGUGCUGAAUGAGCCCAUUGGACCCACAAUCCGAAUUUGAGGGGAAUGUUAUUUGUCAUUCAAAGAGAAUAUACAGGGGCAGACAGUUUUUUUUUUUUUUUUUUUAAUUCUUUAUUUUAUUUGACAAAGUAUUAUAGAACAAGGCAAGAUGUUCCGGUUUAAGCAUAUACCGUGGUCAAGUAUAACAUAACAUAUUACAGUAUAGGCAUACAGUUGAUAAGCGUGGUAGACAUCAGAUGCUACAAUAAGUGCCUGUAGCACAGGACUCUUUAUUAGGGGGCUUGGACAUCACUUUUGUGCAGGGGCAGACUGUUUUAUUAUUAAACUCUGAUCUAAAACAAUGUUGCCAUUCUGCCCCGGUUCAUACGUUUUACCCCGUAGUUACAUGCGCAGAGUAUGCAGUGAUAUGAUGAGGAAAAUUUGCGAGAAUUCUGCUGUGAUUAAAAAAAACCUGCUUUGAAAGCGAGUUUGGCAUGAUCCCUGAAUUGAUUGCUGGUUAUUACUUUUGUAUUGCAAUCUGCAAAAUUAAUAAUAAAACAGUCUGCCCCUGUAUAUUCUCUUUGAAUGACAAAUAACAUUCCCCUCAAAUUCGGAUUGUGGGUGCAGUUGGCCCAUUCAGCACUAUGUGUUGAUGUUUGGUCUAUUUUUAAACAUUUCAGAAUGUACACAAGUUCAGCACAGACUAGCCCAAAAUUAAAAGACUUUGAAAUACCUGCAAUUUAGGACGCAACUAGGAAAAAAAUCUAAAUAGUAAUUGUGGCGGGACCAAUUUCCAGAGCUCUGUAUGAGUUGGCAAAUAUCCAUCAUCCACAAAGGGCCCGGGCUGAUUUUAUCCCCAACAAUUCUUAAAAACCCUUUGAGACCAGAACUGGGGGGAGGAGGGGGGAGUAUUGUAAACCUGUUUGGUAAUUGAUGAGUAAAGAAUUUUACAAUAAGCUUUAAAUUCUGCGUAAAUGUAGUGGCUUCAUUGGUACUUUAUCUCUGACCUUGUGAAACUUCCUGUGGUUACCAAUUCUUGCAGAAUCACUAUUUGUAGCACUGGUCACGCAACGCUCUGUUUUGUCCCCUCAGAGAUAUUCUCCCCUCUACGCUGAAAUUGCCAAAUGUCAUCGCCAGAGCGCAGAGUUCAGAAGAUUUGGAAGCCAUUUCCAAUCUGGGGACAGGUAGAUAUAAUAUUUGACAUUUCAGAGGGGUAUUUACUGAAGCGACAGUUGUUGAAAAUGGAAAUGAUUACUAUAGUGUCAGAAAUGCAAACAUGGAUUUCCAACACUAUAGCUUUUUAGGUGUUGGCCCCCUGACAGAUUGCAUUGAAAUGUGUUUUACUCACCUUUUCUCCCAUGCCAAGCUGGUCUCACUGUAGCUGGCCCACCUCCAUGGUUGAGAUCAUCAAUCUAAGGAAAAGCAUUGUGAGGCUAUUGCGCAUGCGCAGCAAAACACAGCACUGCGCCAUUCAGCAUCUACUCAUAGAGAUGCAUUGAAUCAGUGCAUCUCUAUGGGGAACGUUCAGCGUCUCCAUACAGAGCUUGGACAUGCUGAACGCUAAUGUUGCACACUGUGCAGCACUGGACUAGGAAGCAACUCUAGUCGCAGUCUGAGUGACUGCCACUAGAUGUGUUCCUAAGUAGCAAUGUAAACACUGCCUUUUCUCUGAAAAGACCAUGUUUACAGUGCUAGCACUGCAGGGACUGGUUAUAGACACCAGAACCACUACAUUAAGCGGUAGUGGUUCUGGUGACUAUAGUUUCCCUUUAACCCCUUAAGGACACAUGACAUGUGUGACAUGUCAUGAUUCCCUUUUGUUCCAGAAGUUUGGUCCUUAAGGGGUUAAAGUAAAUUUAAAGUGAAUUUCAGAUUUAAGGCCAAAAUCGCUGAAUUGGAAAUUUUAUUCCAAAUCCGCAAUGCUUCUAAUUCAGCUGUUUGGUCUAAGAUUUGAAAUUAAUUUUGAAUUCCCGACCAUUCUUACUUUAGUAAGUGUCAGAAGCAGGGCAGGAAAAGGUCAAGUGUAGUGCAAAGUAAAAUUGAACAGUGAGUGGCAGAGAAAGUGCCUUUGAUGGCCUAUCUCUGCUUAGUGCCUCCUCCUGCACACUAUGUCCAAGUAUAGCAUUUUUUAUUUAUUUUUUUGAAAAAAGGAAGAUUUUUAUCUUUUGGAUGGUUUAUGGCACCAUCUUUUAAUCUCAGCAAAUUCCUUCUAACCUGCUUAGAUAUAAACAAAUUAUACCAGGCCAUCGUGUAAUCUCAGCAAAUUCCAUCGUCUCCCGACUCUGGAAAGCACCCACUAUACCAACUUUGGGUGAAGUCUUAUCUGUAGUAUUUGAAAAUAAAAGAUGUGAAUUAGCUUUCUGUGAACCAUCUACCUUCACAUCUAUACUGCAGCAUAAAUGGCCCAUGUGGGAAGAUGGUGUGAAAAAGCAAUACAGACUUUAAAGGACCGCUAUAGUGCCAGGAAAACAAACUUGUUUUCCUGGCACUAUAGGGUCUUUGGGUCUAUCUUGGUAGAUACAACCAAGACUUAAAGGGACACUCCACUACCCAAAUACAAAAAGUACUGUUUAAUAUAUAUUUAAUGUAAGCCCUCCCCUUUUCCAACAUAGAAGUUCUGUGGCUGUCCAAUCACAGACAUUCCAAUGCAACAGGUGUUCUGGGCAAUUGCUGCUUCUUAGAGUUAGCUCAACUUAAAGGACCACUAUAGGCACCCAGACCACUUCAGCUUAAUGAAGUGUCAGAAGAAACUCCUAUGUUUACAUAUGGGUUAAUCCAGCCUCUAGUGGCUGACGUCGGAAGGAGGAGGAGAGUCCCCAGUGCCGAAGGAGCCCGGCGCUGGAGAAAGGUAAGAUUUUAACCCCUUCCUCCCACUUCAGCCCGGCGGGAGGGGGACCUAUUAACACUAUAGUGCCAGGAAAACGAGUUUGUUUUCCUGGCAUUAUAGUGGUCCUUUAACUAAACAACCAGAACCGGUUGUCUUAGGGACAGCUGGGAGUGUAGCAAGGUUAAUUUAUAAAAUUGCCAAUUUCUGUUGAAAUUUUCAUUUUUUGUCAAAUAAAUUUUUUUUAAAAAGAGGACGCGCUAUUCACACAGCAAGCUGAACUGCUAUACCAAUCCUGAGCGUCUCUUUAAAUUAAAAAGCAUUACAUUUUAACCAAAGAUUGUGCUAGCAAAAAUGGUAGCAAAGCUUUAGAUUUUAAUUUAAUGCCCUUUAAAAAGUUUGACCUCGUCAUAUGCAAAUCAUUCUGUGGCUUUAUAACCACAUGCCAGCGGCACAAGGAGUAAAAAAAUUAUUUAUUUUAAGAGUCAUGGGAAUUGUAGUUCAGAAACCUGUUAAGGGCCAUAAUUAGGAGAACCCUGCUUUAAAUUAAACCAGUUAUGACGUAUUCUCUUUAAAGCAAUUCUGCACCAAGUACAUCAAAGAUCAAGGUGAUUGAUGUGUCUUCUACAAUACAGGACUAUGCUCAUUGGCUGAGAGCAGAGUGCACAGUUGUUGCUGUAAGCCAUCGAGAAUGGCCCUGCAUAGCCGUUUUCCUCAGUGUAUGGAGUACCCAGACGCAGGACUCUUGUAAUUUGUAAAACCAUUCUAAGUUUGGAGUGUUCCUUUAGAAAAAGAAAAGCAUGCUAUGGAGAGAAUUAUAGAAUACACUCAGUCACAACAGCUCUCUAACACGUCACGGAAGAAACAAGCCCCCCAUAGCCAACUGGAUUUACAACCCCCAGAAUGCUUUGCUAGAGUAGAGGUUUUCCCAAAAGCUGGAAAUCUCCCUGUUGACCACUUCUGGAUUUAUACGGUUUUUAGUCUGCGUUUCUUUCACUUUCUCAAUCACAGAAAUGUUAUAGUAUUUAUAAAAAUUGCUUGCAUAAAUUCUCUCUAAAUAACAAUAUUUUAAUUCUUGUUUUCUCAAUACAGCUUUCUGGGAUUCAUCUUUAAGGGAGAAGAGGACCUUAAUGGUCUCACACUCUGGGAAAUUUCCCUCACGUGGAUGUAGUUUACGAACUUCUAGUGUAAACUCUGACCAGCAUGUUUCUCAGGACGAUGGCAAGUGUACGUGUGAAAUUGAGAUUUCUGCAGGAAACAACAGUUUGUGGUUUGUCAACCCUAUUUUUAUAGAAGAAUUUAGCAACACAGAGACUCCUGAUGUACUUCCUCUUCAAAACUGCAUAGCAAACACUGAAAAUAAAAUACCAAAAGUUGUCUACAGAAGACCUCCGCCACCACCUCCGUCACAUGCAGCUCUUCAUAGUCCUCCCCUUCCAUCCAUUCCUCCUUCUGCUCCUCCCACAAAUGUAACAACUUCCUAUCCGGUUUCACCACUCCUUCCAAUUUUGGCUGAUCAUAGUUUAUCUUCUAAUUCUGUCACUGAUAUUUCCAUUCAGUGUUCCUCGAUUGAAGUAACUGCUACACCACUAUCUCCAUCUGCAUCUUGUCCGCUCUCCCCGCAGAAGACUUGUGUCAUUUCAACUUCUUUUUCUUCACAAGCAUCUCCUCUCCCUACAACUCUUACAACAAAGGACUUGUCUCCAAUCUCUAAGGAUAUAUGUGCUGAUUUACAUCUUGUUGGUCAGUCUAGUAGCAGUAUGAUAAUCAACAGCGUAGAUGACAAAAAAGACGAUGAAGGAAAUAAUUCUGGUUCAUCAGGAGCUCAAACUCCAUGUCACUCUAGAUUACCACCAGUUGUUCCAAGUAGAAGACAAUCGGGGAAAAUUUUAGAAAUAGCAAAUAACUUUAAUCAGAAAAAGGAUAAAGCUCAAAAAGAAAUUCAAAGUCCUCUAAAAUGUCAAGCCAGAAUUCCCAUACCUGAAUCAAAGACUUCAGCGGAGGUUCAUGGACAACCAUCACCAAGCCAACAAGACCAAGUGAUUGGAAAGACCAAAAAAAAUGCACCUCCCAUUCCACCCCCAAGAACAAAAAAACUUUCUCUCAAGUUUGAUGUUAUAGAUCCUGGUAGUAUGAAGAAGGCAGAAAAAAAUGGGGCUCCGCAAUGUUCUAGGAUCUUAGAAGCUGUGGAGUCCUGCAGUGUUACUGAAGUCGACUGCUUGCAAAGGAAAGAUGACUGUGCCAAAGUUGUGGCCUCUCAAGAAUUAAAAGGUUCUGAUACAUCUUUGAAUUCCCCAGUCAGUGGGUCUUCAUCUCAGUUACUGAAUGCAGACCAGGAUUCCUACUCUACCAGCAGCACGGAAGAUGAUGCAGAAAGGCUAAGCAGCCCUUCCAUUAAAAAGAGGCAAUCUUUUAUGUUGGACAAGGCUAGGAAUAGAUUGUCUAUAGUAGCAAUCACCAAUGUAUUCACUGCUUUUAUGUCUGCAGAUAGAAAACUGCAGAAGCGAAUCACUGAGCUAGCUCAGGACAAGGAGUCCUAUUUUGGCAAUUUAGUCCAGGACUAUAAGGCAUACACUUUGGAGAUGAUGGCCCAGCAGAGCUCGAGUACAGAGAUGCUGCAAGAGAUCCGUCUUAUGAUGACCCAACUCAAGAGUUACCUUGUACAAAGCACGGAGCUGAAAUCAAUGGUUGAUUAUACUCUUUAUACCGAUGACAAACUAGGUGAGUACUAUUGUUUUCUAAUCCUACGUGACCUAUUGUGUGUGUGUGUGUGUGUGUAUGUGUGUGUAUGUAUGUAUAUAUAAUGUGUGUGUGUUUUUGAAGUUACAAAGGAGUCCUAGGCUUCACAUUUGGGAGAGAUAAUUUUUGAAUAUAGUCAUCCUCCCAAAGACACCUGAGGGGGAGCAAAGAUUUGGAAGGAACACAAAGGGGGAGGUAAGUGAGAAUAGAGCUGGUUGUAUGCUGAUUGGGGUCUAGUGUCACGCCGUGUAUGGGUAAGAAAUUCCCCUAUUGCUUUUGCAGGGGGAUAUUAUCACUCUUUAAAUUUAAUUCUGCAGUUCCAUCUUUAAAACAUUUUGAAGGCAUGGCCUAUCAGGAUAGGGACAAUAAUUGGAAAUUGUCCUGGUUUUAGAAGACACCAAACAGAGACUGUCACUUUGAGUCUUUAGCUAGGGUUGAGGGCUGUUUGCAGAAAUCUGUGGAAGGCAUCAGUCACCAACUUAUUUGUAAUUUAAUAAAUGUUUUCUACGGCUAACCUGGCGUUUAAAACCUAGAGAGAUCAAUUAUUUGUUAGCACACACAGCAUAAGAUUCGUAAUGCAUGGAGCCAGUGAACAAGUGUAUUUAAAUGGGACCUGUCACUGCCCAGGAUUCUGAAUACUGUAUUUACUAAUCUGACAAAAAUGAGUUAAUCAAAUGCUAUUUAAAGUUUACUUCCGAAUGAACUGGUCUUCCCGAAUUCACAGGCUAACCCUGGUCAGAUUGGUUCAUUUGGGAUUUGAUUAAAAGGCAUUAGUAUAGUAUACGCACUGUUUUAAUGACUUCCCUUCCAAUGCAGUAUGUGUCAUGGAUGUGCCACACCUGAACUGGUUUGUGUGUUAAUGAUAAAUCUUUAAUAUACUUUAAGGGAAAAAAAACUGAUGUUCACAUGAAAUAAAAAUAUUAACAAUGUUUUAAUCAAUAGUAUAAUUUCAAGAAAAGUGAUGGUUCUUCUUUGAAGGAAAACUGCUUUCAUACUGGUUAUUUUAAAAUAGAUUGCAUGUGUUAUCGCCUCUGUGUGUGUUCUUUUGGAACCCUUACAUAAAUACCGCUUUUCAGUGCGUCCUCUGACUUGUUCAUAAUAAUAUAUAUUUAAACGUAAUUUCCAAUAAUAAUUAAAAGAUUAUCCUUUAAGUCUCCAAAAGUUUUCAAAAUAUAUGAUUUAUUUAGUUCUCUUUUUGUAACCUCAUGGAACUGUUUAGGAAACUCCCAGUCUUUCCUGACAACACCUUGUAUGCAGAAAUAUUUUUACAGAAAUGGCAGGUGCUGUACAGCCUAGUUUCUCAACACGCGGUACGUGCACGCUCCACAGGCAGGAGGUGCGCAGAGAGGUGGCCGACUGGGGGCGAACGGUGAGGUAGCUGUAUCUUAGUGCUCUUACAGCAUUGCUCGUGUGCUUACAGCAUCCCCUGCGUGACAUCACCCUGUUUUUUGCAUCACUAAACGGAGUGCGAGGGAGCAGUGAUGGAAGAGCACAAACCUUUCACAAGCUCUACUGGACCCCAGGGAAAGGAUCUACUCCAGCAUUCCCACUGGAGCUAGAUAAAUAUAGUAUUAAAAAAAAAAAAAGAAAGAAAAAUCAUUUAUGUUUGUGUCUGUCAGUGUGUGUGUCAAAUCAGUGUCUGUCAGUGAGUGUGUGUGCCAGUAAUUGCUAUUGUGUGUAUUAUAUUUCAGUUUGUGACUUUCAUACUUCAGAUUAAUCGUUUAUACGCUCCUCAUCACAUAAAUAAAAUCUUAUUUACUACCUUUAAUCAGGCUUGUUCUCCAAUAUAUGAUUAACUUAAAUAUCAGUGUCUACAAGUUUCAUUUGGAAUUUAAAUCAAUAGACUACUUUCUCGUUGCAGGGUUGCUUAGGAAUUGUUUUUUUAGACCUGUAGGGAUCCGUCUCUGUAAAAGGUGGAGAAUCACUGUUGUACAGGACUGUACUGAUAAUGAGCAUUACAGCGGAAUUUCCAACAAUCCAGAUUUUGGUGGGAUUGUCUCUGAAAAGGCAGUGUUUAAAUUGCUGUCUAGGAACACCUCUGGUGCCAGUUACUAGACGGCAACUAGAGGUGCUUCCUGGAUCUGUUCUGCAUACUGUGCAUCACUGGUGUUCAGUGUCUCCGCGCUCUGCACAGGGACUUAGAACGCUCCCCAUAGAGAUGCAUUGAUUCAAUGCAUCUCGAUGAGGAGAUGCUGAUUGGCGCAGUGUGGUGUUUUGGCAUGCAUGCACAAUAGCCUCCCAAGUCUUUUCUAUGGGAAGCAUUGGAUUGUCUAAGAUCAAGAUCUCAACCAUGGAGGCCAGAACCAGCCUCGGCUAGACUGGCGUAGCGUGGGAGAAAAAGUAAGUAAACUCACUUUUCCCAUGAAAUCUAAAGGGAGCAGGGGUUCUAAAUAUUCAGUUUAACACUAUACUGUUCCUUUAAUUUGGAAGCUGUUUUUAUAAAAAUAGAUGGCUGUUUCCAGAAGCACUGUUUAUCAUAAAAUGGUGCACCAUUACAAAGGCAGUGGUGCACUUUUCUCUCUAGAAAUCUACACCUGGGAGAAUGCCUUAGUCCCCUGUCAAUCAUUGUUCUAAAAUCUGGCAGAUAUUGUACAGCGAAUCUGAUGGCGCUAUAUAAAUAAUAAAAUAAUAAUAAUAUAAGGAGAAGAUAACUGAAAUCUGUUAUUAUUUAUUCUCCUUAUUUGCAAUGAUUACCCUGGCUUUGCCUUGUCUGAAUUAAAUUCUGAUGCUAUUUGCUAAAUCUUUAAUAUAAAUUUUACGGGAAAGAGAGCUUUACGUGUUUUCUUUACAUAAGUUAUUAGUAAUGUUAAAUGUUUAUUCAGUGAUGUAAUUUCUAGAGAAUUGACGGUUCCCUUUUUACGUGUUUUUUUUUCCACACUGCCUUGAUGGAUAUUGUAAUCACACUGAACACAGAGCAGAAAUAUGAAUUAUGCAAAGGGAAGAGUUGAGACACAAAUACACAUGGUACAUCCCCCUGGUCAGUGAUUUGCGUUCCUUACCAAAGGACGGUUGUAUUUAUAUAAGUAAGCCGGCUAAAACUGUACACAUUGUAAAUUAGGGAUGUGAAUUAGGGAUAUUUCUAAUUCACAGUCUCCUUUUAACAGCUGCCUACAGGCUGUUAACUACCGGUAGCUUCUAUGUAGUUUCCGUUUUGUAUUUAUCUGCAAACUCUCCGUAAACCUUGAAUUUGAAAAGUAAUGAAAGUUAAGUAGCAAAUAUCAAAAGUACGGACUUAUAAAUAUGUGUGUACAACUGUGUAAAAUAAUAGACUAUCAUCUUCGAGUGCUACUAAUGGCCAACUGUUUUUUCUCUCCUUGCUCUGGAGCAGAUGUGAUCGUAGAAGCAGCUCUCUGUAAGUGCGUCCUGAAGCCUCUGAAGGCUCCCAUUGAGUCAUACCUGCGUGAAAUCCACACUAAAGAUGGCUGUUUGAGGCUGCUCAAGGAGAACCAGCUGGUCAUUGAGGACACGACCACCACCGAUCUUGGGGUCACUACCAGUGUCCCCGAGAGCAGUGUGAUGGAGAAGAUAAUUCAGAAGUUUGGAACAAUGCACAAAACCUACUCACCAGAGAAGAAAAUCACAUAUCUCCUCAAGGCUUGCAAGCUUAUUUAUGACUCCAUGGCUUCAGGAAGUCCAGGUAUGCAUUAUGAGAUACAGUAUAUUCAAUGUAACCCGUCUAAAGGGGAAACAAAUUAACGUAUUGCUGCAUUUUUUUACUUCAAAGCCCUAUAUAGUGUUCACAAAUACAAUUACUUUUGGCAUGUCUAUACCCCACAUGAGGAUUUGCUAGAGGGGAGUCCUGUUUCUUAAAGGUCCUGUUUCUUAAAGGGAAACUAUAGUGCCAGGAAAACAAAGUUUUUUCCUGGCACUAUAGCUUCCCCCUCCGUCAGUUAAAAACCCCUUCUGUCACUUACCUGAGAAAGCUCUGCCUUCCCUCCUCCCCAGCUAAAGUCAGCCAGUGGGGGAGUCCUAAUGUGCAGGUGCAGCAAUUGCUUUCCAAUUAGGUUUUACAUGGCGCUCGAUGUCCUCAUGCACAGCGUUAGGAAGUUCAGCAUAAUUUAGGUGACCAAAAGUCACCAAGUGACCUGGAAGUCCCUCUAGUGGCUAUCUGGUAGACAGCCACUAGAGGUGGAGUAAACCAUCAAAUGUAAUUAUUGCAGUUGAUUAAAAACUGCAAUAAUUACCUGCUCAGGGUUUAGGGACCUGGGAUUAUGCACCCAGACUACUUCAACGAGCUGUCGUUGUCUGGGCGCCUAUAGUGUCCCUUUAAUGCCGCAAUCCUAAGGGGAGAGGGGAAAUUUAUAAAAAAGUUUAUGGUUAAAAUUCUGAAGAAAAUCUACAAACUUAAAGGAUUCUCCACCGCCCAAAUAUAAUACCCUCAAUGAAAACAUGCAUGCAUUUAAUUAUACAUUUUACAUUGGGUGUAUAUUUAUAAACCAGCGUGUAAAAGCUGCAUGAGUUAGUGACCAAGAGGAUUAUAAAGUAAGAGUCUUAGCAAUAUGUCACUUUUCAGUCACAGUCUUCUGGGAAUUCCCAGAUAAUGUGACAUCAAUACCUGGGGGAAGGACAAUUUUAAUCCUUUCUUUAAAUACUAGACCAUUGCUAUCUAACCAAGGGUGCUCAAUACAGUUUCAAUUGAUGUUGGGGUAAAAUGUAUUGUAGCAACUUUGAAUGAGCUGGCAAAGAAUCACGGGAAGAUGAGUUACUCCGUACGUGGUGAGAUAGACGUUUCUGGCCUCCCUCCCUGGUUUGAUAGCCAUGGUCUAUUUAGUAUAAAACAGGCUUAAGACCGUGUUACACCUCAAGUACUGUUGGCACAUAUUGUGGCGUUCUCAGUAGAAUGUGACGUAUUGCUAAGAGUCUUACAUGAUAAUCCUCUUGGUCAUUAACUCCUAUGUUAAUACCUGUUGGAUCUGGUACCGUUGCUAUGGGACAUGUUUGUUAAAUGUCAAAGUUAGGAAUAUGCAGACAGGUCUCGUUACAACUGAAAAAUCAGGGCCGAGCUUAAAGAAUCUGAUCUAAUGUUUUAAUUUUUAGAAAUUUAUCUUCUGUUGUUUUUUUGAGGUCGGCUAUUUUAGUCUGAAUUUCGCAACACGCUUGACAAUUUACAACAAUUGUCCGUUCGUUGACUAAGCCCCCCCUCAGUUUUCUCCGGAAUGUGUAUUAAUGCUUUCACUUCACAGUAAUAUCAUUCCCUUGCCCGAUUCUCUUACCUGACAAGCUAUGUGGACGAAAAAAAGUGGAUAUUCUUGAUGAUUACUCCAAAUUUAUAUAUUUUUUUUGUAUUAAAAGAAUUUAUUAGUGUAGUGAGAAGUUAAAGUAGAUUUAAAUUUAAGGUAAAAGUAGGUGAAAUGGAGAUUCUCCUCUAAGUUUGCUAUGAUUUCAGUUUGACUUUUUUGGCCUUAGAUGUGAAAUUCACUUAGAAUUCUCACUGUAGUGAAUAACCCUGUAUGAAUUGUUAACAUGAGAUCAGCCAUUUGCUACAAUAGUUUUACAUGUGAUUGUUUUGUAUUGUUUUUUUUUUUCACUUUAUUUAAAAGUAUACACUUUACUAUACUUGCCCUCCAAUGUUUGUAAAAAUAAAAGUGGAAAGUAACAAUAUUUAGUAAUUCAUUACUUUACCGCUAUUAUUAAAGGAACACUAUAAUCACCUAAAUUACUUUAGCUAAAUAAAGCAGUUUUAGUGUAUAGAUCAUUCCACUGCAAUUUCACUGCUCAAUUCACUGUCAUGUAGGAGUUAAAUCACUUUGUUUCUGUUUAUGCAGCCCUAGCCACACCUCCCCUGGCUAUGAUUGACAGAGCCUGCAUGGAAAAAAAAAACUGGUUUCACUUUCAAACAGAUGUAAUUUACCUUAAAUAAUUGUAUCUCAAUCUCUAAAUUGAACUUUAAUCACAUACAGGAGGCUCUUGCAGGGUCUAGCAAGCUAUUAACAUAGCAGGGGAUAAGAAAAUCUUAAUUAAACAGAACUUGCAAUAAAGAAAGCCUAAAUAGGGCUCUCUUUACAGGAAGUGUUUAUGGAAGGCUGUGCAAGUCACAUGCAGGGAGGUGUGACUAGGGUUCAUAAACAAAAGGAUUUAACUCCUAAAUGGCAGAGGAUUGUGCAGUGAGGCUGCAGGGGCAUGUUUUUACACCAAAACUGCUUCAUUAAGCUAAAGUUGUUCAGGUGACUAUAGUGUCCCUUUAAGGCAAUAGCUGUGACAAAUGGCAGAGAAAUUAUAAAGGAGAUUUUUCUUCUCUCUUUCUCAGUUUCUAGUUUAGUAAGAGCGCUUUUGUUAGAGCACGUGAAAGCCCUCCUGCAUUGCUUCCACCAGACACAAUCUUAAAAAAGACUAGAUCUAACAUCUUUUAAAGCGUGAUUAGGUCAAAUCUGAAAAGCUGAGCUGGGGAAAAAAGAAAAUGCAUCUGUAAAGUUAAAACAUAGGAGGGAUUUAUCAAAGUGUGUCUGAAUCUUUACCUUUUCGUGGUUUUUGUUUUUUUCCUUGCAUGACAUCAGUUUUGAUGUUUUUUUUACCACACAAUGUAUUACUUUGUUGACUUUCCACUUAUUAAUAUUUAUGCUUUCUUGUACCAAAAAAUCAUUCUAUUUUCUACCAUUCUCCUACGCCACUUUUAUCUUAAUCCAGAGAGCAAGGCAGAAUAUUUGCACAGUAUUCUUAACUGCCCAUAAAAUCGGUUUGAAUAGGCAAAAUAAAGAAAGGUGACACUUUUUUUCAGUCUAAUUUUAAAUUGUUUAAUAAAUUAUAACUGUUUAGACAUUAAACCGUUUAAAAGUAAGCGUUUGCUAUUUCUGAUCGCCCUAGGAAAGCCUCAUGGAGCGGAUGAUUUUCUACCGGUUCUCAUGUACGUGCUGGCACGCUGCGACCUUGAGGCUCUUCUCAUUGAUGUCGAGUACAUGAUGGAAUUGAUGGAUCCUUCCUUGCAGCUGGGAGAAGGUAAAGGCUAAUUCACUAACUGCACAAAACGGGUGUGUUGCUUUCUCUUCUCUACCUCUGCCAGACAGCUGGUUGCAUUCAGGGUUUAACCACCCCCCAUCCAAUUAUAUAAUUAACGUGAGCUUGCCACUCCUAUACAACUUGAUUCAAUUAAAAAAAACAUAAACUCAUUGAACAAUUCCCACAAUCUUGACAUUUUUGUAAGACAUUACACAUGUUGAAUUGUUCACUAAAAAAUAUAAUUUGUGAGAGCCCACAUCCAUCAGCGAAAAGUUAUAGUGCCUGCAGAAUGUUUCUAUUCCAGUUAACCUGAUCAUAGCUAUAGACCACGGGUAGGCGACUUUUGGCAUUCCAGAUUUUGUGGACAUCAUCCCCCAUCAUGCUUUGCCAGCAUUAUUCCUGUAAGAGCAUUGUGACCAAUGUAGUACUUAACUCCUAGAAUGCCAAAGUUUGUCUUAUCCUGCUUUAGACCAUCUCUCUCUGCGAAGACGAUGGCCACUUUUGUCUGUGCACAGAGAUUGAUGCUGCUUAUAGAAUCCCCUAAUAUUGCAUGCUCACUCAUCAUUGGCACUAGUGUUCCCACUGGAGGUUUCCCAAACCUGCGAGCCAGUCAUGAGUUGCAGCCAUGACUCUCUGGUCAAGCACCACCCGUUCUUGACCGCAUCUGGUGGCUCAUGUCCUGAUCCAACUGCUUUAGGCCUGUGGGAGUCAUUCUGGUUUGCCCAGCACACUGCAGUCAUUGCACCAUCAUGCCUUCACCCUGUGCUAGCCAUCAGCUGGACACUUAGCCCAAUUAUAAUUGGGACAUGUUGAGAACAUUGCCAUCCCCUUACAAUUCCAUUGUUAAGGUGGGUGCAGUUAUUAUAAGCUUUUUUGCUAACAAAUGAUAAUGUCAGCUAAGGAUAGUAUGAGAACUAAGAAACUGGAGAUUAAUGCAUCAUGUACCUACUGGAAUAGAGCCCUAUUAAAUUUAAUUGGCUGAAAGUGGACUGUGUUCAGAAUAAUGGAGUGUUUUUUGGCGACAAGUCACAGUGAACUGUGGUGCAAUAGUACCCUCUAGUGGCCACAUUUGCUUACUACAGGUCAGUUAAUAUCUUGUCCUUAUCCACUCCCACACAAUGAUGACUAAUUUUAGCCUAAAACCUACAGUAGGUUUGUACUGUCAUCAAUUAGUGUCCAUUGUGGUUUCUCAUAAUUGAAUUAAGUAUAGAAAGAUGUAAAACAAAAAGCAUUUUGUGUUUUUUUUGUAAACAAUUCUUAUAUACGCCGAGUACUGUAGCUCUUUCUCACUGAUUUAUGUAAAACAUAUCUCUAGGUUCCUAUUAUUUGACCACAACCUAUGGUGCGCUGGAACACAUAAAGAAUUACGACAAAAUCACUGUGACGCGGCAACUGAGCAUGGAGGUACAGGACUCCAUCAACCGAUGGGAACGGAGGAGGACGCUAAACAAAGCGCGGGUAUCUCGCUCCUCAAUACAGGUGGGCUGAGAUGAAUAAGUAAAUAAAUCCUCAAUAUGUAACACCCUGUAUAAUGUUAGGGUACAAAAUGAUACUGCCGACAAGAUCCAUGUUUUUGAUUUGAAGGGGGAGGUAUAAUGUAAUCCUGGCUAAUAUUGCCAAUUGAACCCUCAUUAAAGACUUCCACUUAAUCUUCCAUUUGAUAGUCUUUAAAACCUAUGCACAUAUGAGCUGUGUGACAAUACGCAUCCCAUGUUUGUAAAAAUGCACCAUUCGUUUGUGCUGCUACGCGCCACAAAAACGAAAACCUAUUUUUACUGACUUGUGUCACUUUAGUUUCUGAGAUAUUACCCCCCGUGUAAUUAAAUUUUUAAAAACACCAUCUGUUUGUGCGGUCAUUGUACUACAAUGAAUAUCUGUGUCAAUUUUGGUUUCUAAGAUCUUAUAUAUAUAUAUUCUAUAUAAGAUAUUUUGCCCACUUUCCAUCCCAUAUUAUUACAUUGUAAAAAGAAAUGCACCAUUUGUUGGCACAGAUUUGGGCAGCAAAAAUGUUUUAGAUAUUAAAAUAUUGUGCAUUAUUUUUGAUUAAACCUGCACCACUUUGAACCCCAUGUUAUUAAAUUAAAAAAAUAUAUAUAAUUAGUUUGUGUCACAUUUGUGCUAAUUUAUGCUGCAAAUAUCGUUUGUGCUGCUUUGGUUUCAGAGAUAUUGUGCAUUGUAUUUAAUGAAACACUGCCCUCCUUCCACGCCAUGUUAUUAAGCCGUGAGUACAGAUUCCCCAUUUGUUAGUGUUGAUUUGCAUUUCAUAAAACAUUUUGUAGUUUUGGCUUCCGCGAUAGUUUACAUAUUUUUGUCCAUGUGAUCUCUGUCUCCACCAGUUAGCACUUUACACACCAUGUAAUUAAUCAUAAAUAAUAAAAUACAUUAUUUUGCUGGUCUGUGCCAAUUUUUGGGUGUUUUUAAAAAUUAUUUUUCUCCUACAGGAAACCAGGAAUUAACAUAGCACCAGACUGGUUAAUGUGGCAUUGAAUGGGUUAACAUAGCAACAUACAAUUUAAUUGGGGAUACACUGGGUUAUUGAAGCUAAAGGACCACUGGUGAUUUUAGGUGGUUAUGGUGUCUGGAGUCUGUAUUUGCAGCAUUUCACAGUUUAACACCUCUGCGGUUUGAGAUGUAACUCCACCUACAGCAGUGUCAUUGGGGUGUCAUCAGUCGGCCCGGGACUAGAGAUCUAGGGUGACUCAUUGACAUUCUGAACAAUGAAAUUUGCACAGAAUUUACGUCAUUGGCUUAGAGCAGUCAGCUGGUACUCUCAGCCAACGAAUGGCGAUGGUGCUGCUUUCAGCUUCUGCAGCUUUGCAAAACCUGGACGUGUGUCACCAGGGAGCCUCAGAGCCUGGUGUGGUCCUGGGUAAGGGGGCAAAGCAUUGCUAAAUGGUUUGUCUUAUUACCGGAUGGCACUCCUGCCGUCAUAACCUCUACAGGGGCUUAAACUCAGUAGUUAAAUGCUGAACAUGUAGACUCCUGGCACUAUAACCACUUCAAAACACUGAAUGGUCAUGUGAUUGAAAUAAUCCCAUGUAUGCCGUAUUAAGCGGUAUGUUGCCAUGGUAACUCCCUCAAUGCCACAUUAUCCUCUCUGGUGCAGUUAAGUGUAUUUUUAUUUAUGAUUAAUUAAUUACACGGGGUGCAAACUGGGUGGCGAUUAAGGCCCCAUGGCCUAAAAUAUCUCCGAAGCCAAAAACACACAAAUGUUUGAGACCCAAAUCAGCACAAACAAAUUUGAAAUUUGGAUUCACAUUUUAAUAACAUCGGAUGCAAAGUGGGCUGGAUUUGAUGGAAUACAGUAUGCAACGUUUUCUAUGCUGGUACAUGCUUGGUAUAGUGUGAUGCAGUAACGACAGUGUCUCAGAACCCAGUGGUUUCUCUUGGCAUCUGAUGGUCUCAUGUCUAUAUAGACUACACUAGUUGUGCAAGGAAAUGCUGUUUAUUGUCCAGACAUGUUAGUAAAAAUGUGCAGCCAGACAUACGUUGGAUAGAUGAUGAUGAUGAUGAUAAUAAUAAUUAUAAUAAUAAGGUAUUUAACCAGGAAAGGUACAUUUAGAUUACUCUGGUUUUCAAGUACGUCCUGGAAAUGUUACCAUGGCCCGAUACAAAAUAUUUGUCUCUCCUUUACUGACGUUUUGCUGCCUUGAAGUAUUUAUGAUGUAUCACUACACUUCCAAAAUAAAAAUAAAAAUAGAAAAACAGUGCGCAGUAUCUUUAAAACCAAAGUGACACAAACGCAUGAUAUGUUUAAUAACAUGUGGGGUUUGAGCCAAUCUAAUGCACAAUAUCUCUGAAACCAAAUCGGCACAAACGAAUGGUGAAUUUUUAUUCAUCUUUUAAAAACAUUGGGUCCAACUUCACAUAGCUGAACAUUUGGUAUGAGUUGUGUGCACAUUAAAAUGGAUACUUUCAGGGUUAUUCACAAGAGUAAAAUGGCAGUAAUUCAAAGCAAAUUUAUAAUUUUAGGCCACAUUAGCCAAAUUAAAAAGAAAAAGCCUGCUAUGGUUUGGGGCCCUAAAAUGUGAAAUUCACUUUAAAUUCCCAUCAAUUAACACUUUAUUGAGUAACAAUGUCAAUGGCCAACCUCCAGCUACAGCGCUCAGUAAAGGCAAGAUCAGUCAGGAAUAUAAGAAAUAAGGAUGUUUUUAAAAGUCUAAAAGGUGUUGAUUAGUUUCUAGUUUUGAGACUGUAUAUACUUAUCAUUCAGUGGUAGAGGAGCCCUAAAGUGUGGUGUAAUCGUAAGGUUUAAAGGAACAAGUUAGCAUUGGGAAUAUGGCUCUGUAUUUCUACACUAAAGUGUUUCUCUCCCCCACAUUCUGGCAAAUAAAGGGUUACACUCGCCUUAUUCCAGCACUGAGAGGGAAACAUGUGUAUGCAUGGUGAGCACUACGCAUGCAUUAGGCCUUUCCCUUAGAAAAGUAUUGCUUCCAUUUUCUUAUGGGGGAUAUUUGCUUCAUUUCAUGGAGUUAAGGGUACCAGGCACCCAGACCCCUCCAAUUAGAUGUAGUGUUCUGGGUUCCUAUAGUGUCCCUUUAAGCUUCUGCCAAUUGGUUAUUGGACUACAGUUCCCAUGAUUCUUUGCUAGCAGUGUGCUGGCAGAGGAGAAUUGGGAAUUAUGAGACCUGCAAUGCAGGACAAAUUGUCAUGCUAAGACAGGGCACCUUUUGGUCCAAAUGAAUGCUUAUGACUGCUCUUUAUACUACCCAGGACUUCAUCACAAUCUCGUUGGAAGAGCUGGACUCAAAGACAGCCACACUAGUGAUAAAGUCAGACACCAGCGUGUCUCUCGUCCUGCAGCAGUGCUCGGAGAAGUUUGAGGUGUCCGAGCCACAGGACUACGGACUCUUUGUGAUGGUUAACGAUCGGUGCCUUCGCUUGGCUGAAACCUCCUUCCCUCACCAGGUGAAAUCCCACUUGCUUAAGCACGAACAAAAACUUGACUUUCACUUUCUGUACAGAAUUACCCACAAGGAAGACACUGUGGUUAAAGACUUGGAUUUCCUUUAA